CCCCCAUCCCUGACCCACGCACGGGCACGAGCUGCUUAUUAUAGGCUGCAACAGGAAUCCGGUCCGGUGCAGCCCCUGAGAAAGAGAGAGUCAGACACUUGUACAGAGAGAGAGAAGGAGGGGGGAGAAGAAGGAGGAGGAGGAGGAGAGAGAGAGAGAGAGAGGGUGAGUGUGUGUUCCUUGAGAAAGACUGAACCUCUUCAGUCUGCCUGCGUUGGCGCACAAUAACAACUAGAAGAGACUGCAUGCUCUGGAUGAGUUUGCCUUCUCGUUGAAUGGAUUUCAUUCACAGAGAUUUUUGAGCAUAUUUUUAGAAAGGGGAAGGGAGGAGGGUCAGAUGUUUUCCCCUUCGACGUGCAUGAAGCGGGGGCGCACCUGCCAGAGAGUCUGCUCCCCUUUUCUGUACUGAGAACCCCCCUAUUGGGAUGCUGCUGCUGCUGCUGCCGCUGCUGCUGCUUGACUUGGGCUGCGUGAACUUUACAGACUGGACCAGUGGACUGUAAAAAGAGACAGAAAGAGAAGACGAGGGAGAAGACAGAGGGGUGUUGGGGUGAGCAACGCUUAAAAGAGAGAGGGAGAGGGAGAGAGAGGGUGUGUGUGUGAAACAGAGAGUGGAUGGAUUCGUCUCUUUCUCUGGCACUCCACAGGCGCUCAUUCAUUUAUUUAAACCCGAGCGACAGGAGCAUGCCAAGCGCAGACUCCAGCGGCGGAGCUCGGUCAGUAUCACAUCACAGCCUCUCUCAUUCUGUCUCUUUCACACUUCUAAUGUCAAGUUUCACCCCACUGAUUCAUUCUCGUCUUCUUUUCUUCUUUGUACGCACGCCUAGACUUACCAUCAGAGGACAAGAGUGACACGUCCUCUGCUGUCGCGCGUUCACCUGCACAUACACCCCGCGCGGCAGGACCCUACUUUGGGAAGCCAGGACCCACAAGAGACGAGGAAAAAACGAGACGUAUUUGAGCCAAACAGCUCUGUGAGACUCGUGGGGAUGGCGUGCAGCGCGUGUUACUACCUGGUUAUCAGCUCCACACACCUGAGCAAUGGACACUUUCGGCGCGUCAAGGGGGUCUUCAGGGGACCGUUGCGUCCCACCGCGAGCAGCGAUUCUCCGGGGAGAGAUCACGCAAGGCUCGAUGGAUUUCCCAAGGUGGGUGUGAAAGAGAGAGUGAGAAAAAGAGAGAGAGAGAGAAAUAACCUGCCUGCGUAUUUAUUUUGACCCUUUAAACUUCUAAAAUGAUCUUCCUCAGACACUUUUCUCGACUAUUUGAAAAGUGGUAACAAGACAGGACGUCCCUCACAAGUAGCAAGAGAAACUAGGACCCCGUUGGGGCACUGGCGGGCCCGAGCCGUGUCGCCCCCCCCCCCCCCCCCAACGUGCUGCCUCCCCGUCCCAUUUGUGUCCUCUGGCCAUCGCCCUCUCUGGUAACGCCCAUCACUGCAAAGACCCUUUUCCUUCAUCGGCGUUUGCUGUUCUUCCUGCCAGUGCGUGUUGCUUUCACUUACACUUGCCACAGCCAGCCUCGUGAGUGCCUAGCCUAUUCGAUAUCACUGUCACCUACACAGGACAGUCAUUACCUUUCUAUUAAUACUUUGUGUUUUAAUUUCACAUUAAUUUCCAUAUUGUAUAAACGACUGGAAAAAACUUGAGCCCCUGCCCCUGUAUAAUCAUGUGCAUGUCUCUGUUCUAGCACCAAGGUGAAUCUUCACUGCUCAUGUUCUCCUCAGAAGCACUCACCUCACUCCCCUCAGGUUAUUGUACACAUGCACCAACUGCCUGCUUCAGGUUUGGAUGGAGCUUCAUGGUUGUCUUUUGGAGAAAUGACCAGUCAAGUUGUGUUUGAAAUUUGAUUUUUUUCAGGGGCAAAAGGAGCCUCUGCAUUCUUGUCAAAUAUGUAAAUAGCAUGUUUUUGCAGGUGCUAAAAACCAGACUCUGAGUGUGUGUGUGUGUGUGUGUGUGUGUGUGUGUGUGUGUGUGUGUGUGUGUGUGUGUGUGUGUGUGUCUGUGUGUGCGUUCAAGUCACAUGACAUAUUUAACCGGAUGUAGCUGCAAGACGGAGCCUCGUUGACUCUCCGUUUCAACUUAUCUCAAAAGUGAGGACCUCAACCUAUAUACCAGUUUUUAAAUUGUGUUGAUAGGCCAAAUAAAACCAGAGUUAUGAUAAAUUAUGUCCGCGAUACUUUUUUUCUGCUUAUUUUGAUCACGUUCGGCGCUCGAUCGCGCUGUAUGAGACAGGAAAACAUAGCAUGCAGACAUUAGCGACAGGUCUUACAGGCGGAAAAGGCUUGCCAAAAGAAAAAAAAAACACACCACAACAUCUCUCCUAUUGGUGGAAAACUUCACCACAACAACCAAUCCAAAAUUAUAUGGUGACUGAAUGACAAGGGGCGGGCGCUUACGUUCUUCCUGCAACAUGAGAAGGGAGGGAGGGACUCUCAGCAGGGAUGCAGUCUGGGACACGUAGUUGCAAACCUAGCGACUUUGUUGUUAGAUUCAAUGACUUUUCAGACCCCCUAACGACUUUUUUUAGAAAGAAAGGGACUUUUAUCGACUUCUUCUGGAGUUUAGAGACUCUGACAUGAAGCAGGCUUUCCUUACUGAGGAGUUAGCAACGCUGCUAAGGGUGCAGAGCCACACAUGCGCUCAGAGCUCUGCAUGGGAGACUGAAGCUGACAGAGCUGCAGCAGUUAGCAGGUUUCACCCUCAGAGACCACCAGGGGUUCAUGUUGAGGAAUUUUAAUUUUUUCCUUUUUUGUGCCAUAGACACUGUCAGCACAAUCUGCAGUUACACUAACAAAAAUGCUGCAAAAAACAAAGAAUUAUGGAAAAAUUACACAUGGACUGACAUAGAGGAGGAUCUACACAAGUUUUUUACAUCAUGUUUUACAUCAUGCAUCAUUUACAUCAUGUUUUUUUGUAGUGGCAUAAAUAAAAAGUGACAUUUGUGAGACUAUACAGUGUUUUGUAAAUAAUUUUACAAAGAACGCCUGGGCCAUUGCCUGCAUUUUGAUGUAAAUAGAGGUAAAUCACUAUGUUCUUUGUUAAAAAUUUGCAUAUGUUUUGAAGUUUACAAUUUUUAUUUGAAGUUUAAGUUUUAAAAACAGUUCAUCACACCUAUUUGUGGUUUUCACAGUAAAAAUGUUACUUUUUUCCACUCGGAUUUUAUGUUUUGUGUGUGAAUUUGGGUCCAUUGUGUAAAUUCAGUAUGUCAACAUGAUAAAAUAACUGUAAAUUCGCACAGGUGAGGUUGUGCUGAAAAAAAUGAUACCAGGCAAGGCACGUGAUUGUCAAAUUUUGUGUCAAUAUGACAAAGCGUAUAGGCGUGAAUCUCAACAAUAUGUAUGUUGACCUUAGGGGACAAGAAAAAAUGGACUUUUUUCUCCUGCCAUGGGGGGGCGCUCUUUUGGGGAGUAAAAAUUCCUUCACAAAUGCGUUGAUGGCUGGACAUUGCAUCAUCCUAGAAAACUUGGAGGCCAGUGAGGACAAAAAUAAAAAGUUAUAAGACUUUUAAAUAUGUGGAUUUUAGGGUUGUCUUUGGCGCCCCCUAGAACCUAAACCGUGGGGUGCAGCGUCAUGAUUUGAAUAACUUUUAAUGGCCAUGGGGUGUAGAUUGGCCUGAGCAAAUGUGGUGCCGGUGGACAGAAAGCCUUCGGAGGAGUUAGCGAAAUUCCAAUGUGUGCGGAUCGGCAAAAAAUGCGGAAUAACCCUUUAACCGUACAUUUGACAGAUACGCGCGCACUGACUUUUUCGUAGAUCUUAUUGAGAUACACGUGAUUGUCAAAUUUUGUGUCAAUAUGACAAAGCGUAUAGGCGUGACACUCAACAAUGUGUAUUUUCACCUUAGGGGACAAGAAAAAAUGGACUUUUUUCUCCUGCCAUGGGGGGGCGCUCUUUUGGGGAGUAAAAAUUCCUUCACAAAUGUGUUGAUGGCUGGACAUUGCAUCAUCCUAGAAAACUUGGAGGCCAGUGAGGACAAAAAUAAAAAGUUAUAAGACUUUUAAAUAUGUGGAUUUUAGUGUUAUCUUUGGCGCCCCCUAGAACCUAAACCUUGGGGUGCAGCGUCAUGAUUUGAAUAACUUUUAAUGGCCAUGGGGUGUAGAUUGGCCUGAGCAAAUGUGGUGCCGGUGGAACGAAAGCCUUCGGAGGAGUUAGCGAAAUUCCAAUGUGUGCGGAUCGGCAAAAAAUGCAAAAUAACCCAUUAACCGUACAUUUGACAGAUACGCCCGCACUGACUUUUUUGUAGAUCUUAUUGAGAUACAUGUGUGUGUCAAUUUUUGUGUCAUUUUGACAAAGCGUACAGGCGUCAUGUGAAUUUUCACCUUAGGGGGCGCUAUGGAGCCAUUUUGCAUUUUCUUGUUUGGGCGACUUCGGAAUAUCAAAUUUUUCACCAGGCCCGGUCGUCCUGCCAAAUUUCAUGAGUUUUCGCCAGUGGGAAGUGGGCCAUUUUCCAGUUCAAAGGGGAGGAAAAAGAAAAAAGAAACAAAGAAAAACCACUUGGGGAAUAAUAGGGCUCUCGCAGCUGCUUAGCAGCUACGCUCGGGCCCUAAAAAGUGUGCUUGGAAGCGUGUCAACAGUGUGUGCAAGUCGUUUUAACAGCAGAUCAAGUGGCACUACCAGAUAUUUGGAUAAGUGGGUAGUGCCUUUACUGCAAAGCACUAUCUUUUUCUUUUUCUAACUCUUUAGGGCCCGAGCGUAGCUGCUAAGCAGCUGCGAGAGCCCUCUUGUUAGGGCCCGAGCGUAGCUGCUAAGCAGCUGCGAGAGCCCUCUUGUUCCUGCAUGUUUCCUUCUUUCGUUAUUAUUUUUCCUCCGCUUUAAACUGGAAAAUGGCCCACUUCCCACUGGCGAAAACUCAUGAAAUUUGGCAGGACGACCGGGCCUGGUGAAAAAUUCGAUAUUCUGAAGUCGCCCAAACAAUAAAUUGCAAAAUGGCUCCAUAGCGCCCCCUAAGGUGAAAAUUCACACUAUUGACUGUCACGCCUUUACGCUUUGUCAUAUUGACACAAAAAUUGACACACACAUGUAUCUCAAUAAGAUCUACAAAAAAGUCAGUGCGGGCGUAUCUGUCAAAUGUACGGUUAAUGGGUUAUUUUGCAUUUUUUGCAGAUCUGCACACAUUGGACUUUCGCUAACUCCUCCGAAGGCUUUCGUUCGACCGGCACCACAUUUGCGCAGGCCAAUCUACCCCCCAUGGCCAUUAAAAGUUGUACAAAUCAUGACGCUGCACCCCACGGUUUACGUUCUAGGGGGCGCCAAAGAUAACCCAAAAAUCCACAUUCUUAAAAGUCUUAUAACUUUUUACUUUUGUCCUCACUGGCCUCCAAGUUUUCUAGGAUGAUGCAAUGUCCAGCCAUCAACACAUUUGUGAAGGAAUUUUUACUCCCCAAAAGAGCGCCCCCCAAUGGCAGGAGAAAAAGGUCCAUUUUUUUCUUGUCUCCUAAGGUGAAAAUACACAUUGUCGAGUGUCACGCCUGUAUGCUUUGUCAUAUUGACACAAAAUUUAACAAUCACGUGUAUCUCAAUAAGUUCUACAAAAAAGUCAAUACGCACGUAUCUGUAAAAUGUACAGCUAAAGGGCUAUUUUGCAUUUUUUGCCGAUUCGCACACAUUGGAAUGUGGCUAACUCCUCCUAAGGCUUUCGUCCCACUGACACCAAAUUUGCUCAGGCCAAUCUACACCCCAUGGCCAUUAAAAGUUGUAAAAAUCAUGCCGCUGCACCCCACGGUUUACGUUCUAGGGGGCGCCAAAGAUAACCCAAAUAUCCACAGUCUUAAAAGUCUUAUAACUUUUUAUUUUUGUCCUCACUGGCCUCCAAGUUCUCUAGGAUGAUGCAAUGUCCAGCCAUCAACACAUUUGUGAAGGAAUUUUUACUCGCCAAAAGAGCGCCCCCCCAUGGCAGGAGAAAAAAGUCCAUUUUUUCUUGUCUCCUAAGGCGAAAAUACACAUUGUUGACUGUCACGCCUUUACGCUUUGUCAAAAUGACACAAAAUUUGACACACACAUGUAUCUCAAUAAGAUCUACAAAAAAGUCAGUGUGGGCGUAUCUGUCAAAUGUACGGUUAAAGGGUUAUUUCGCAUUUUUUGCCGAUCCGCACACAUUGGAAUUUCGCUAACUCCUCCGAAGGCUUUCGUUCCAACGGCACCACAUUUGCUCAGGCCAAUCUACACCCCAUGGCCAUUAAAAGUUGUACAAAUCAUGAUGCUGCACCCCACGGUUUACGUUCUAGGGGGCGCCAAAGAUAACCCAAAAAUCCACAGUCUUAAAAGUCUUAUAACUUUUUAUUUUUGUCCUCACUGGCCUCCAAGUUCUCUAGGAUGAUGCAAUGUCCAGCCAUCAACACAUUUGUGAAGGAAUUUUUACUCACCAAAAGAGCGCCCCCCCCAUGGCAGGAGAAAAAGUCAAGUUUUUCCUGCCCAUCGCUCAAUGGCUCAAACGCAUCGCUCUCUCGGCAAAACCGAAAGGAGGAGCAACUUGCCAUUUGGAUAUAUACUAGCUGUGUUUGUGCCCUCACUCAUGGUCCAGACUUUUUUCAAAAAGGACAUGGAGUUUGUCUGCAGCGAGCGUUUUGGUAGAAACUGCGCCUCCCAUUCAUUAUAAUGGUAAAUGACCACAGACAAGUGCGCACACCAUCUUUGGACCUUGAGUGUGACGCGAUCGGGAGGGGUAGGCGGUCGCGCUGGGGGUGGCGCGACACGGCUCGGGCCCGCCAGUGCCCCAACGGGGCCCUAGUUCCUGCAUGUUUCCUUCUUUUGUUAUUAUUAGGGCCCGAGCGUAGCUGCUAAGCAGCUGCGAGAGCCCUGUUGUUCCUGAUGGAUUCUUCUUAGGGCCCGAGCGUAGCUGCUAAGCAGCUGCGAGAGCCCUCUUGUUCCUGCAUGUUUCCUUCUUUUGUUAUUAGGGCCCGAGCGUAGCUGCUAAGCAGCUGCGAGAGCCCUAUUGUUCCUGCAUGUUUCCUUCUUUUGUUAUUAGGGCCCGAGCGUAGCUGCUAAGCAGCUGCGAGAGCCCUAUUAUUCCCCAAGUGGUUUUUCUUUGUUUCUUUCUUUCUUCUUUUUCCUCCCCUUUGAACUGGAAAAUGGCCCACUUCCCACUGGCGAAAACUCAUGAAAUUUGGCAGGAUGACCGGGCCUGGUGAAAAAUUUGAUAUUCCGAAGUCGCCCAAACAAGAAAAUGCAAAAUGGCUCCAUAGCGCCCCCUAAGGUGAAAAUUCACACUAUUGACUGUCACGCCUUUAUGCUUUGUCAAAAUGACACAAAAAUUGACACACAUAUGUAUCUCAAUAAGAUCUACAAAAAAGUCAGUGCGGGCGUAUCUGUCAAAUGUACGGUUAAAGGGUUAUUCCGCAUUUUUUGCCGAUCCGCACACAUUGGAAUUUCGCUAACUCCUCCGAAGGCUUUCUUUCCACCGGCACCACAUUUGCUCAGGCCAAUCUACACCCCAUGGCCAUUAAAAGUUAUUCAAAUCAUGACGCUGCACCCCACGGUUUAGGUUCUAGGGGGCGCCAAAGAUAACACUAAAAUCCACAUAUUUAAAAGUCUUAUAACUUUUUAUUUUUUGCCCUCACUGGCCUCCAAGUUUUCUAGGAUGAUGCAAUGUCCAGCCAUCAACACAUUUGUGGAGGAAUUUUUACUCCCCAAAAGAGCGCCCCCCCAUGGCAGGAGAAAAAAGUCCAUUUUUUCUUGUCCCCUAAGGUGAAAAUACACAUUGUUGAGUGUCACGCCUGUACGCUUUGUCAAAAUGACACAAAAAUUGACACACACAUGUAUCUCAAUAAGAUCUACAAAAAAGUCAAAGCGCGCGUAUCUGUCAAAUGUACGGUUAAAGGGUUAUUCCGCAUUUUUUGCCGAUCCGCACACAUUGGAAUUUCGCUAACUCCUCCGAAGGCUUUCGUUCCACCGGCACCACAUUUGUUCAGGCCAAUCUACACCCCAUGGCCAUUAAAAGUUAUUCAAAUCAUGACGCUGCACCCCACGGUUUACGUUCUAGGGGGCGCCAAAGAUAACCCUAAAAUCCACAUAUUUAAAAGUCUUAUAACUUUUUAUUUUUGUCCUCACUGGCCUCCAAGUUUUCUAGGAUGAUGCAAUGUCCAGCCAUCAACACAUUUGUGAAGGAAUUUUUACUCCCUAAAAGAGCGCCCCCCCAUGGCAGGAGAAAAAAGUCCAUUUUUUCUUGUCCCCUAAGGUGAAAAUACACAUUGUUGACUGUCACGCCUGAACGCUUUGGCAAAAUGACACAAAAAUUGACAAUCAUGUGUAUCUCAAUUAGAUCUACGAAAAAGUCAAAGAGCGCGUAUCUGUAUAAUGUACGGUAAAAGGGCUAUUUUGCAUUUUUUGCCGAUUCGCACACAUUGGAAUUUCGCUAACUCCUCCUAAGGCUUUCGUCCCACUGACACCAAAUUUGCUCAGGCCAAUCUACAUUCCAUGGCCAUUCAAAGUUGUAAAAAUCAUGACGCUGCACCCCACGGUUUACGUUUUAGGGGGCGCCAAAGAUGACCCAAAUAUACAUUACAGUAGACAAAGUAGUUUUGCCCACUGAGUGGCGCCAAAGGGACUUGUCUGUGGAGUCUGUGAGUCACUAUUGGCCGUUUUUGACUACUUUAGAUUUUACCUUUAUAUUUCCUCUUACAAAAUUUUUACCUUGCCUUGCCUGGUAUCAUUUUUUUCAGCACAACCUCACCUGUGUCAAUUUACAGUUAUUUUAUCAUUUUGACAUACUAUAUUUACACAUUGGACCCAAAUUCACACACAAAACAUAAAAUCUGAGUGGAAAAAAGUAAUGUUUUUACUCUGAAAACCACAAAUAUGUGUGAUGAACUGUUUUUAAAACUUAAACUUCAAAUAAAAAUUGUAAACUUCAAAACAUAUGCAAAUUUUUAACAAAGAACAUAGUAAUUUACCUCUAUUUACAUCAAAAUGCAGGCAAUGGCCCAGGUGUUCUUUGUAAAAUUAUUUACAAAACACUGUAUAGUCUCACAAAUGUCACUUUUUAUUUAUGCCACUACAAAAAAACAUGAUGUAAAUGAUGCAUGAUGUAAAACAUGAUGUAAAAAACUUGUGUAGAUCCUCCUCUAUGUUAGUCCAUGUGUAAUUUUUCCAUAAUUCUUUGUUUUUUGCAGCAUUUUUGUUAGUGUAACUGCAGAUUGUGCUGACAGUGUCUAUGGCAAAAAAAAAAAAAAACAACUGAAAAUGCCUCAACAUGAACCCCUGGUGGUCUCUGAGGGUGAAACCUGCUAACUGCUGCAGCUCUGUCAGCUUCAGUCUCCCAUGCAGAGCUCGGAGCGCAUGUGUGGCUCUGCACCCUUAGCAGCGUUGCUAACUCCUCAGUAAGGAAAGCCUGCUUCAUGUCAGAGUCUCUAAACUCCAGAAGAAGUCGAUAAAAGUCACUUUCUUUCUAAAAAAAAGUCGUUAGGGGGUCUGAAAAGUCAUUGAAUCUAACAACAAAGUCGCUAGGUUUGCAACUACGUGUCCCAGACUGCAUCCCUGCUGAGAGUCCCUCCCUCCCUUCUCAUAUUGCAGGAAGAACGUAAGCGCCCGCCCCUUGUCAAUCAGUCACCAUAUAAUUUUGGAUUGGUUGUUGUGGUGAAGUUUUCCACCAAUAGGAGAGAUGUUGUGGUGUGUUUUUUUUUUCCUUUGGCAAGCCUUUUCCGCUGUAAGACCUGUCGCUAAUGUCUGCAUGCUAUGUUUUCCUGUCUCAUACAGCGCGAUCGAGCGCCGAACGUGAUCAAAAUAAGCUGAAAACAAGUAUCGCGGACAUAAUUUAUCAUAACUCUGGUUUUAUUUGGCCUAUCAACACAAUUUAAAAACUGGUAUAUAGGUUGAGGUCCUCACUUUUGAGAUAAGUUGAAACGGAGAGUCAAUGAGGCUCCGUCUUGCAGCUACAUCCGGUUAAAUAUGUCGUGUGACUUGAAGGCACACACACACACACACACACACACACAGACACACACACACACACACGCACACACACACACCCAGAGUCUGGUUUUUAGCACCUGCAAAAACAUGCUAUUUACAUAUUUGACAAGAAUGCAGAGGCUCCUUUUGCCCCUGAAAAAAAUCAGAUUUCAAACACAACUUGACUGGUCAUUUCUCCAAAAGACAACCAUGAAGCUCCAUCCAAACCUGAAGCAGGCAGUUGGUGCAUGUGUACAGUAACCUGAGGGGAGUGAGGUGACUGCUUCUGAGGAGAACAUGAGCAGUGAAGAUUCAGCUUAGACCUAGAACAGAGACGUGCACAUGAUUAUACAGGGGCAGGGGCUCAAGUUUUUUCCAGUUGUUUAUACAAUAUGGAAAUUAAUGUGAAAUUAAAAAACAAAGUAUUAAUAGAAAGGUAAUGACUGUCCUGUGUAGGUGACAGUGAUAUCCAAUAGGCUAGGCACUCACGAGGCUGGCUGUGGCAAGUGUAAGUGAAAGCAACACGCACUGGCAGGAAGAACAGCAAACGCCGAUGAAGGAAAAGGGUCUUUGCAGUGAUGGGCGUUACCAGAGAGGGCGAUGGCCAGAGGACGCGAAUGGGACGGGGAGGCAGCACGUUGGGGGGGGGGACGCGACACAGCUCGGGCCCGCCAGUGCCCCAACGGGGUCCUAGUUAUUAGGGCCCGAGCGUAGCUGCUAAGCAGCUGCGAGAGCCCUAUUAUUCCCCAAGUGGUUUUUCUUUGUUUCUUUUUUCUUUUUCCUCCCCUUUGAACUGGAAAAUGGCCCACUUCCCACUGGCGAAAACUCAUGAAAUUUGGCAGGACGACCGGGCCUGGUGAAAAAUUUGAUAUUCUGAAGUCGCCCAAACAAUACAAUGCAAAAUGGCUCCAUAGCGCCCCCUAAGGUGAAAAAUUCACCUGACGCCUGUACGCUUUGUCAAAAUGACACAAAAAUUGACACACACAUGUAUCUCAAUAAGAUCUACAAAAAAGUCAGUGCGGGCGUAUCUGUCAAAUGUACGGUUAAAGGGUUAUUGCGCAUUUUUUGCCGAUCCGCACACAUUGGAAUUUCGCUAACUCCUCCGAAGGCUUUUGUUCCACCGGCACCACAUUUGCUCAGGCCAAUCUACACCCCAUGGCCAUUAAAAGUUAUUCAAAUCAUUAUGCUGCACCCCACGGUUUAGGUUCUAGGGGGCGCCAAAGAUAACCCUAAAAUCCACAUAUUUCAAAGUCUUAUAACUUUUUAUUUUUGCCCUCACUGGCCUCCAAGUUUUCUAGGAUGAUGCAAUGUCCAGCCAUCAACACAUUUGUGAAGGAAUUUUUACUCCCCAAAAGAGCGCCCCCCCAUGGCAGGAGAAAAAAGUCAAUUUUUUCUUGUCCCGUAAGGUGAAAAUUCACAUUGUUGAGUGUGACACCUGUACGCUUUGUCAUAUUGACACAAAAUUUGACUAUCACAUGUAUCUCAAUAAGAUCUACGAAAAAGUCAAUGUGCGCGUAUCUGUCAAAUGUACGGUUAAAGGGUUAUUCCGCAUUUUUUGCCGAUCCGCACACAUUGGAAUUUCGCUAACUCCUCCGAAGGCUUUCGUUCCACCGGCACCACAUUUGCUCAGGCCAAAUUACACCCCAUGGCCAUUAAAAGUUAUUCAAAUCAUGACGCUGCACCCCACGGUUUACGUUCUAGGGGGCGCCAAAGAUAACCCAAAAAUCCACAUUUUUAAAAGUCUUAUAACUUUUUAUUUUUGUCCUCACUGGCCUCCAAGUUUUCUAGGAUGAUGCAAUGUCCAGCCAUCAACACAUUUGUGAAGGAAUUUUUACUCCCUAAAAGAGCGCCCCCCCAUGGCAGGAGAAAAAAGUCCAUUUUUUCUUGUCCCCUAAGGUGAAAAUACACAUUGUUGACUGUCACGCCUGUACGCUUUGGCAAAAUGACACAAAAAUUGACAAUCAUGUGUAUCUCAAUUAGAUCUACGAAAAAGUCAAAGAGCGCGUAUCUGUAUAAUGUACGGUAAAAGGGCUAUUUUGCAUUUUUUGCCGAUUCGCACACAUUGGAAUUUCGCUAACUCCUCCUAAGGCUUUCGUCCCAAUGACACCAAAUUUGCUCAGGCCAAUCUACACUCCAUGGCCAUUCAAAGUUGUAAAAAUCAUGACGCUGCACCCCACGGUUUACGUUUUAGGGGGCGCCAAAGAUGACCCAAAUAUACAUUACAGUAGACAAAGUAGUUUUGCCCACUGAGUGGCGCCAAAGGGACUUGUCUGUGGAGUCUGUGAGUCACUAUUGGCCGUUUUUGACUACUUUAGAUUUUACCUUUAUAUUUCCUCUUACAAAAUUUUUACCUUGCCUUGCCUGGUAUCAUUUUUUUCAGCACAACCUCACCUGUGUCAAUUUACAGUUAUUUUAUCAUUUUGACAUACUAUAUUUACACAUUGGACCCAAAUUCACACACAAAACAUAAAAUCCGAGUGGAAAAAAGUAACGUUUUUACUGUGAAAACCACAAAUAUGUGUGAUGAACUGUUUUUAAAACUUAAACUUCAAAUAAAAAUUGUAAACUUCAAAACAUAUGCAAAUUUUUAACAAAGAACAUAGUAAUUUACCUCUAUUUACAUCAAAAUGCAGGCAAUGGCCCAGGUGUUCUUUGUAAAAUUAUUUACAAAACUCUGUAUAGUCUCACAAAUGUCACUUUUUAUUUAUGCCACUACAAAAAAACAUGAUGUAAAUGAUGCAUGAUGUAAAACAUGAUGUAAAAAACUUGUGUAGAUCCUCCUCUGUUAGAAUUAUGGAAAAAUUACACAUGGACUUUGUUUUUUGCAGCAUUUUUGUUAGUGUAACUGCAGAUUGUGCUGACAGUGUCUAUGGCAAAAAAAAAAAAAAACUGAAAAUGCCUCAACAUGAACCCCUGGUGGUCUCUGAGGGUGAAACCUGCUAACUGCUGCAGCUCUGUCAGCUUCAGUCUCCCAUGCAGAGCUCGGAGCGCAUGUGUGGCUCUGCACCCUUAGCAGCGUUGCUAACUCCUCAGUAAGGAAAGCCUGCUUCAUGUCAGAGUCUCUAAACUCCAGAAGAAGUCGAUAAAAGUCACUUUCUUUCUAAAAAAAAGUCGUUAGGGGGUCUGAAAAGUCAUUGAAUCUAACAACAAAGUCGCUAGGUUUGCAACUACGUGUCCCAGACUGCAUCCCUGCUGAGAGUCCCUCCCUCCCUUCUCAUAUUGCAGGAAGAACGUAAGCGCCCGCCCCUUGUCAAUCAGUCACCAUAUAAUUUUGGAUUGGUUGUUGUGGUGAAGUUUUCCACCAAUAGGAGAGAUGUUGUGGUGUGUUUUUUUUUUCCUUUGGCAAGCCUUUUCCGCCUGUAAGACCUGUCGCGAAUGUCUGCAUGCUAUGUUUUCCUGUCUCAUACAGCGCGAUCGAGCGCCGAACGUGAUCAAAAUAAGCAGAAAACAAGUAUCGCGGACAUAAUUUAUCAUAACUCUGGUUUUAUUUGGCCUAUCAACACAAUUUAAAAACUGGUAUAUAGGUUGAGGUCCUCACUUUUGAGAUAAGUUGAAAUGGAGAGUCAACGAGGCUCCGUCUUGCAGCUACAUCCGGUUAAAUAUGUCAUGUGACUUGAACGCACACACACACACACACACACACACACACAGACACACACACACGCACACACACACACUCAGAGUCUGGUUUUUAGCACCUGCAAAAACAUGCUAUUUACAUAUUUGACAAGAAUGCAGAGGCUCCUUUUGCCCCUGAAAAAAAUCAAAUUUCAAACACAACUUGACUGGUCAUUUCUCCAAAAGACAACCAUGAAGCUCCAUCCAAACCUGAAGCAGGCAGUUGGUGCAUGUGUACAGUAACCUGAGGGGAGUGAGGUGACUGCUUCUGAGGAGAACAUGAGCAGUGAAGAUUCACCUUAGAGCUAGAACAGAGACGUGCACAUGAUUAUACAGGGGCAGGGGCUCAAGUUUUUUCCAGUUGUUUAUACAAUAUGGAAAUUAAUGUGAAAUUAAAAAACAAAGUAUUAAUAGAAAGGUAAUGACUGUCCUGUGUAGGUGACAGUGAUAUCCAAUAGGCUAGGCACUCACGAGGCUGGCUGUGGCAAGUGUAAGUGAAAGCAACACGCACUGGCAGGAAGAACAGCAAACGCCGAUGAAGGAAAAGGGUCUUUGCAGUGAUGGGCGUUACCAGAGAGGGCGAUGGCCAGAGGACACAAAUGGGACGGGGAGGCAGCGCGUUGGGGGGGGGACGCGACACAGCUCGGGCCCGCCAGUGCCCCAACGGGGUCCUAGUUAUUAUUAUUAUUUUUCCUCCCCUUUGAACUGGAAAAUGGCCCACUUCCCACUGGCGAAAACUCAUGAAAUUUGGCAGGACGACCGGGCCUGGUGAAAAAUUUGAUAUUCCGAAGUCGCCCAAACAAUAAAAUGCAAAAUGGCUCCAUAGCGCCCCCUAAGGUGAAAAUUCACACUAUUGACUGUCACGCGUGUACGCUUUGUCAAAAUGACACAAAAAUUGACACACACAUGUAUCUCAAUAAGAUCUACAAAAAAGUCAGUGCGGGCGUAUCUGUCAAAUGUACGGUUAAAGGGUUAUUUCGCAUUUUUUGCCGAUCCGCACACAUUGGAAUUUCGCUAACUCCUCCGAAGGCUUUCGUUCCACCGGCACCACAUUUGCUCAGGCCAAUCUACACCCCGUGGCCAUUAAAAGUUAUUCAAAUCAUGACGCUGCACCCCACAGUUUAGGUUCUAGGGGGCGCCAAAGAUAACCCUAAAAUCCACAUAUUUAAAAGUCUUAUAACUUUUUAUUUUUGUCCUCACUGGCCUCCAAGUUUUCUAGGAUGAUGCAAUGUCCAGCCAUCAACACAUUUGUGAAGGAAUUUUUACUCCCCAAAAGAGCGCCCCCCCAUGGCAGGAGAAAAAAGUCAAUUUUUUCUUGUCCCCUAAGGUGGAAAUUCACACUAUUGACUGUCACGCCUGUACGCUUUAUCAUAUUGACACAAAAAUUGACACACAUAUGUAUCUCAAUAAGAUCUACAAAAAAGUCAAUGCGCGCGUAUCUGUCAAAUGUACAGUUAAAGGGCUAUUUUGCAUUUUUUGCCGAUUCGCACACAUUGGAAUGUGGCUAACUCCUCCUAAGGCUUUCGUCCCACUGACACCAAAUUUGCUCAGGCCAAUCUACACCCCAUGGCCAUUCAAAGUUGUAAAAAUCAUGACGCUGCACCCCACGGUUUACGUUCUAGGGGGCGCCAAAGAUGACCCAAAAAUCCACAUUCUUAAAGGAAUCCACCCCCCCCCCCCCCCCCCCCCAAGGCAGGAGAAAAAGUCAAGUUAACCCUGCCCAUCGCUCAAUGGCUCAAUCGCAUCGCUCUCCAGGCAACACCGUAAGGAGGAGCAACCCGCCAUUUCGAUAUAUCAUAGCUGUGUUUGUGCCCUCACUCAUGGUCCAGACUUUUUUCAAAUAGGACAUGAAGUUUGUCUGCAGCGAGUGUUUUGGUAGAAACUGCGCCUCCCAUUCAUUAUAAUGGGAAAUGACCACAGACAAGUGCGCACACCAUCUUUGGACCUUGAGUGUGACGCGAUCGGGAGGGGGAGGCGGUCGCGCUGGGGGCGGCGCGACGCGGCUCGGGCCCGCCAGUGCCCCAACGGGGUCCUAGUUCUUUCUUUCUUUCUUCUUUUUCCUCCCCUUUGAACUGGAAAAUGGCCCACUUCCCACUGGCGAAAACUCAUGAAAUUUGGCAGGACGACCGGGCCUGGUGAAAAAUUCGAUAUUCUGAAGUCGUCCAAACAAUAAAAUGCAAAAUGGCUCCAUAGCGCCCCCUAAGGUGGAAAUUCACACUAUUGACUGUCACGCCUGUACGCUUUGUCAUAUUGACACAAAAAUUGACACACAUAUGUAUCUCAAUAAGAUCUACAAAAAAGUCAGUGCGGCCGUAUCUGUCAAAAUUACGGUUAAAGGGUUAUUUCGCAUUUUUUGCCGAUCCGCACACAUUGGAAUUUCGCUAACUCCUCCGAAGGCUUUCGUUCCACCGGCACCACAUUUGCUCAGGCCAAUCUACACCCCAUGGCCAUUAAAAGUUAUCAAAAUCAUGACGCUGCACCCCAAGGUUUAGGUUCUAGGGGGCGCCAAAGAUAACACUAAAAUCCACAUAUUUAAAAGUCUUAUAACUUUUUAUUUUUGUCCUCACUGGCCUCCAAGUUUUCUAGGAUGAUGCAAUGUCCAGCCAUCAACACAUUUGUGAAGGAAUUUUUACUCCCCAAAAGAGCGCCCCCCCAUGGCAGGAGAAAAAAGUCAAUUUUUUCUUGUCCCCUAAGGUGAAAAUACACAUUGUUGAGUGUCACGCCUAUACGCUUUGUCAAAAUGACACAAAAAUUGACACACACAUGUAACUCAAUAAGAUCUACGAAAAAGUCAAUGCGCGCGUAUCUGUCAAAUGUACGGUUAAAGGGUUAUUCCGCAUUUUUUGCCGAUCCGCACACAUUGGAAUGUGGCUAACUCCUCCGAAGGCUUUAGUUCCACCGGCACCACAUUUGUUCAGGCCAAUCUACACCCCAUGGCCAUUAAAAGUUAUUCAAAUCAUGACGCUGCACCCCACGGUUUAUGUUCUAGGGGGCGCCAAAGAUAACCCUAAAAUCCACAUAUUUAAAAGUCUUAUAACUUUUUAUUUUUGCCCUCACUGGCCUCCAAGUUUUCUAGGAUGAUGCAAUGUCCAGCCAUCAACACAUUUGUGAAGGAAUUUUUACUCCCCAAAAGAGCGCCCCCCCAUGGCAGGAGAAAAAAGUCCAUUUUUUCUUGUCCCCUAAGGUGAAAAUACACAUUGUAGAGUGUCACGCCUGUACGCUUUGUCAAAAUGACACAAAAUUUGACAUACACGUGUAUUUCAAUAAGAUCUUCGAAAAAGUCAAUAGCCACGUAUAUGUAAAAUGUACAGUUAAAGGGUUAUUUCACAUUUUUUGCAGAUCUGCACACAUUGGAAUUUGGCUAACUCCUCCUAAGGCUUUCGUCCCACUGACACCAAAUUUGCUCAGGCCAAUCUACACCCCAUGGCCAUUCAAAGUUGUAAAAAUCAUGACGCUGCACCCCACGGUUUACGUUCUAGGGGGCGCCAAAGAUGACCCAAAUAUCCACAUUCUUAAAAGAAUCCACACCCCCCCCCCCAUCCCCCAUCCCCCAUGGCAGGAGAAACAGUCAAGUUUUUCCUUCCCAUCACUCAAUGGCUCAAUCGCAUCACUCUCCCGGCAACACCGUAACGAGGAGCAACUUGCCGUUUGGAUAUAUCCUAGCUGUGUUUGUGCCCUCACUCAUGGUCCAGACUUUUUUCAAAUAGGACAUGUAGUUUGUCUGCAGCGAGUGUUUUGGUAGAAACUGCGCCUCCCAUUCAUUAUAAUGGGAAAUGACCACAGACAAGUGCGCGCACCAUCUUUGGACCUUGAGUGUGACGCGAUCGGGAGGGGGAGGCGGUCGCGCUGGGGGCGGCGCAACGCGGCUCGGGCCCGACAGUGCCCCACCGGGGUUCCUAGUUAUUAUUUUUCCUCCCCUUUGAACUGGAAAAUGGCCCACUUCCCACUGGCGAAAACUCAUGAAAUUUGGCAGGACGACCGGGCCUGGUGAAAAAUUCGAUAUUCUGAAGUCGCCCAAACAAUACAAUGCAAAAUGGCUCCAUAGCGCCCCCUAAGGUGAAAAAUUCACCUGACGCCUGUACGCUUUGUCAAAAUGACACAAAAAUUGACACACACAUGUAUCUCAAUAAGAUCUACAAAAAAGUCAGUGCGGGCGUAUCUGUCAAAUGUACGGUUAAAGGGUUAUUGCGCAUUUUUUGCCGAUCCGCACACAUUGGAAUUUCGCUAACUCCUCCGAAGGCUUUCGUUCCACCGGCACCACAUUUGCUCAGGCCAAUCUACACCCCAUGGCCAUUAAAAGUUAUUCAAAUCAUGACGCUGCACCCCAUGGUUUAGGUUCUAGGGGGCGCCAAAGAUAACCCUAAAAUCCACAUAUUUAAAAGUCUUAUAACUUUUUAUUUUUGCCCUCACUGGCCUCCAAGUUUUCUAGGAUGAUGCAAUGUCCAGCCAUCAACACAUUUGUGAAGGAAUUUUUACUCCCCAAAAUAGCGCCCCCCCAUGGCAGGAGAAAAAAGUCCAUUUUUUCUUGUCCCAUAAGGUGAAAAUUCACACUAUUGACUGUCACGCCUGUACGCUUUGUCAAAAUGACACAAAAAUUGACACACACAUGUAUCUCAUUAAGAUCUACAAAAAAGUCAGUGCUGGCGUAUCUGUCAAAUGUACGGUUAAAGGGUUAUUGCGCAUUUUUUGCCGAUCCGCACACAUUGGAAUUUCGCUAACUCCUCCGAAGGCUUUCGUUCCACCGGCACCACAUUUGCUCAGGCCAAUCUACACCCCAUGGCCAUUAAAAGUUAUUCAAAUCAUGACGCUGCACCCCACGGUUUAGGUUCUAGGGGGCGCCAAAGAUAACCCUAAAAUCCACAUAUUUAAAAGUCUUAUAACUUUUUAUUUUUGUCCUCUCUGGCCUCCAAGUUUUCUAGGAUGAUGCAAUGUCCAGCCAUCAACACAUUUGUGAAGGAAUUUUUACUCCCCAAAAGAGCGCCCCCCCAUGGCAGGAGAAAAAAGUCCAUUUUUUCUUGUCCCAUAAGGUGAAAAUACACAUUGUUGACUGUCAUACCUGUAUGCUUUGUCAUAUUGACACAAAAUUUGACACACACAUGUAUCUCAAUAAGAUCUACGAAAAAGUCAAUGCGCGCAUAUCUGUAAAAUGUACGGUUAAAGGGCUAUUUUGCAUUUUUUGCCGAUUAGCACACAUUGGAAUGUGGCUAACUCCUCCUAAGGCUUUCGUCCCACUGACACCAAAUUUGCUCAGGCCAAUCUACACCCCAUGGCCAUUCAAAGUUUUAAAAAUCAUGACGCUGCACCCCACGGUUUACGUUCUAGGGGGCGCCAAAGAUGACCCAAAUAUCCACAUUCUUAAAAGAAUCCACAUCCCUCCCCCCCCCCCCCCCCCCAUCCCCCAUCCCCCAUCCGCCAUCCCCCAUGGCAGGAGAAACAGUCAAGUUUUUCCUGCCCAUCACUCAAUGGCUCAAUCGCAUCGCUCUCCCAGCAACACCGUAACGAGGAGCAACUUGCCGUUUGGAUAUAUCCUAGCUGUGUUUGUGCCCUCACUCAUGGUCCAGACUUUUUUCAAAUAGGACAUGAAGUUUGUCUGCAGCGAGUGUUUUGGUAGAAACUGCGCCUCCCAUUCAUUAUAAUGGGAAAUGACCACAGACAAGUGCGCACACCAUCUUUGGACCUUGAGUGUGACGCGAUCGGGAGGGGGAGGCGGUCACGCUGGGGGCGGCACGACGCGGCUCGGGCCCGACAGUGCCCCACCGGGGCCCUAGUUUCUUCUUUAGGGCCCGAGCGUAGCUGCUAAGCAGCUGCGAGAGCCCUAUUAUUCCUGAUGGAUUCUUCUUUCUUCUUCUUCUUCUUAUUAUUUUUCUGCCCCUUUGAACUGGAAAAUGGCCCACUUCCCACUGGUGAAAAGUCAUGAAAUUUGGCAGGACGACCGGGCCUGGUGAAAAAUUCGAUAUUCUGAAGUCGCCCAAAAAAUCAAAUGCAAAAUGGCUCCAUAGCGCCCCCUAAGGUGAAAAAUUCACAUGAUUGAGUGUCACGCCUGUACGCUUUGUCAAAAUGACACAAAAUUUGACACACACGUGUAUCUCAAUAAGAUCUACAAAAAAGUCAGUGCGGGCGUAUCUGUCAAAUGUACGGUUAAAGGGCUAUUUCGCAUUUUUUGCCGAUCCGCACACAUUGGAAUUUCGCUAACUCCUCCGAAGGCUUUCGUUCCACCGGCACCAAAUUUGCUCAGGCCAAUCUACACCCCAUGGCCAUUAAAAGUUGUACAAAUCAUGACGCUGCAUCCCACGGUUUACGUUCUAGGGGGCGCCAAAGAUAACCCAGAAAUCCACAUUCUUAAAAGUCGUAUAACUUUUUAUUUUUGUCCUCACUGGCCUCCAAGUUUUCUAGGAUGAUGCAAUGUCCAGCCAUCAACACAUUUGUGAAGGAAUUUUUACUCCCCAAAAGAGCGCCCCCCCAUGGCAGGAGAAAAAAGUCCAUUUUUUCUUGUCUCCUAAGGCGAAAAUUCACACUAUUGACUGUCACGCCUUUACGCUUUGUCAUAUUGACACAAAAAUUGACACACACAUGUAUCUCAAUAAGAUCUACAAAAAAGUCAGUGCGGGCGUAUCUGUCAAAUGUACGGUUAAAGGGUUAUUUCGCAUUUUUUGCCGAUCCGCACACAUUGGAAUUUCGCUAACUCCUCCUAAAUCUUUUGUCCCAUCGGCUUCAAAUUUGCUCAGGUCAAUCUACACCCCAUGGCCAUUCAAAGUUGUACAACUCAUGACGCUGCACCCCACAGUUUACGUUCUAGGGGGCGCCAAAGAGGACCCAAAUAUCCACAUUUUUAAAAGUCUUAUAACUUUUUAUUUUUGUCCUCACUGGCCUCCAAGUUUUCUAGGAUGAUGCAAUGUCCAGCCAUCAACACAUUUGUGAAGGAAUUUUUUCUCCCCAAAAGAGCGCCCCCCAUGGCAGGAGAAAAAGUCAAGUUUUUCCUGCCCAUCGCUCAAUGGCUCAAACGCAUCGCUCUCUCUGCAAAACCGAAAGGAGGAGCAACUUGCCAUUUGGAUAUAUACUAGCUGUGUUUGUGCCCUCACUCAUGGUCCAGACUUUUUUCAAAUAGGACAUGUAGUUUGUCUGCAGCGAGCGUUUUGGUAGAAACUGCGCCUCCCAUUCAUUAUAAUGGGAAAUGACCACAGACAAGUGCGCACACCAUCUUUGGACCUUGAGUGUGACGCGAUCGGGAGGGGGAGGCGGUCGCGCUGGGGGCGGCGCGACGCGGCUCGGGCCCGACAGUGCCCCACCGGGGCCCUAGUGUUAUUAUUAUUAUUAUUUUUCCUCCCCUUUGAACUGGAAAAUGGCCCACUUCCCACUGGCGAAAACUCAUGAAAUUUGGCAGGACGACCGGGCCUGGUGAAAAAUUUGAUAUUCCGAAGUCGCCCAAACAAGAAAAUGCAAAAUGGCUCCAUAGCGCCCCCUAAGGUGAAAAUUCACACUAUUCACUGUCACGCCGGUACGCUUUGUCAAAAUGACACAAAAAUUGACACACACAUGUAUCUCAAUAAGAUCUACAAAAAAGUCAGUGCGGGCGUAUCUGUCAAAUGUACGGUUAAAGGGUUAUUUCGCAUUUUUUGCCGAUCCGCACACAUUGGAAUUUCGCUAACUCCUCCGAAGGCUUUCGUUCCACCGGCACCACAUUUGCUCAGGCCAAUCUACACCCCAUGGCCAUUAAAAGUUAUUCAAAUCAUGACGCUGCACCCCACGGUUUAGGUUCUAGGGGGCGCCAAAGAUAACCCUAAGAUCCACAUAUUUAAAAGUCUUAUAACUUUUUAUUUUUGUCCUCACUGGCCUCCAAGUUUUCUAGGAUGAUGCAAUGUCCAGCCAUCAACACAUUUGUGAAGGAAUUUUUACUCCCCAAAAGAGCGCCCCCCCAUGGCAGGAAAAAAAAGCCAAUUUUUUCUUGUCCCCUAAGGUGGAAAUUCACACUAUUGACUGUCACGCCUGUACGCUUUAUCAUAUUGACACAAAAAUUGACACACAUAUGUAUCUCAAUAAGAUCUACAAAAGAGUCGAUUCGCGCGUAUCUGUCAAAUGUACGGUUAAAGGGCUAUUUUGCAUUUUUUGCCGAUUCGCACACAUUGGAAUGUGGCUAACUCCUCCUAAGGCUUUCGUCCCACUGACACCAAAUUUGCUCAGGCCAAUCUACACCCCAUGGCCAUUCAAAGUUGUAAAAAUCAUGACGCUGCACCCCACGGUUUACGUUCUAGGGGGCGCCAAAGAUGACCCAAAAAUCCACAUUCUUCAAAGAAUCCACAUCCCCCCCCCCCCCCAUAUGGCAGGAGAAAAAGUUAAGUUUUUCCUGCCCAUCGCUCAAUGGCUCAAUCGCAUCGCUCUCCAGGCAACACCGUAAGGAGGAGCAACCUGCCAUUUCGAUAUAUCAUAGCUGUGUUUGUGCCCUCACUCAUGGUCCAGACUUUUUUCAAAUAGGACAUGAAGUUUGUCUGCAGCGAGUGUUUUGGUAGAAACUGCGCCUCCCAUUCAUUAUAAUAGGAAAUGACCACAGACAAGUGCGCACACCAUCUUUGGAUCUUGAGUGUGACGCGAUCGGGAGGGGGAGGCGGUCGCACUGGGGGCGGCGCGACACGGCUCGGGCCCGACAGUGCCCCAACGGGGUCCUAGUCUUCUUCUUAUUAUUUUUCUGCCCCUUUGAACUGGAAAAUGGCCCACUUCCCACUGGUGAAAACUCAUGAAAUUUGGCAGGACGACCGGGCCUGGUGAAAAAUUCGAUAUUCUGAAGUCGCCCAAACAAUCAAAUGCAAAAUGGCUCCAUAGCGCCCCCUAAGGUGAAAAAUUCACAUGAUUGAGUGUCACACCGGUACGCUUUGUCAAAAUGACACAAAAUUUGACACACACGUGUAUCUCAAUAAGAUCUACAAAAAAGUCAGCGCGGGCGUAUCUGUCAAAUGUACGGUUAAAGGGCUAUUUCGCAUUUUUUGCCGAUCCGCACACAGUGGAAUUUCGCUAACUCCUCCGAAGGCUUUCGUUCCACCGGCACCACAUUUGCUCAGGCCAAUCUACACCCCAUGGCCAUUAAAAGUUGUACAAAUCAUGACACUGCACCCCACGGUUUACGUUCUAGGGGGCGCCAAAGAUAACCCAAAAAUCCACAUUCUUAAAAGUCUAAUAACUUUUUAUUUUUGUCCUCACUGGCCUCCAAGUUUUCUAGGAUGAUGCAAUGUCCAGCCAUCAACACAUUUGUGAAGGAAUUUUUACUCCCCAAAAGAGCGCCCCCCCAUGGCAGGAGAAAAAAGUCAAUUUUUUCUUGUCCCCUAAGGUGAAAAUACAUAUUGUUGAGUGUCACGCCUAUACGCUUUGUCAUAUUGACAUAAAAUUUGACACACACGUGUAUCUCAAUAAGAUCUACAAAAAAGUCUAUGCGCACGUAUCUGUCAAAUGUACGGUUAAAGGGCUAUUUCGCAUUUUUUGCGGAACCGCACACAUUGGAAUUUCGCUAACUCCUCCGAAGGCUUUCGUUCCACCGGCACCAAAUUUGCUCAGGCCAAUCUACACCCCAUGGCCAUUAAAAGUUGUACAAAUCAUGACGCUGCACCCCACGGUUUACGUUCUAGGGGGCGCCAAAGAUAACCCAAAAAUCCACAUUUUUAAAAGUCUUAUAACUUUUUAUUUUUGUCCUCACUGGCCUCCAAGUUUUCUAGGAUGAUGCAAUGUCCAGCCAUCAACACAUUUGUGAAGGAAUUUUUACUCCCCAAAAGAGCGCCCCCCCAUGGCAGGAGAAAAAAGUCCAUUUUUUCUUGUCCCAUAAGGUGAAAAUACACAUUGUUGAGUGUCACGCCUGUACGCUUUGUCAUAUUGAAACAAAAUUUGACAAUCACGUGUAUCUCAAUAAGAUCUACGAAAAAGUCAAUGCGCACGUAUCUGUAAAAUGUACGGUUAAAGGGCUAUUACGCAUUUUUGAUCGAUUCGCACACAUUGGAAUGUGGCUAACUCCUCCUAAAGCUUUCGUUCCACCGGCACCACAUUUGCUCAGGCCAAUCUACACCCCAUGGCCAUUAAAAGUUGUACAAAUCAUGACGCUGCACCCCACGGUUUACGUUCUAGGGGGCGCCAAAGAUAACCCAAAAAUCCACAUUCUUAAAAGUCUUAUAACUUUUCAUUUUUGUCCUCACUGGCUUCCAAGUUUUCUAGGAUGAUGCAAUGUCUAGCCAUCAACACAUUUGUGAAGGAAUUUUUACUCCCCAAAAGAGCGCCCCCCCCAUGGCAGGAGAAAAAGUCAAGUUUUUCCUGCCCAUCGCUCAAUGGCUCAAACACAUGUCAUGUGUUCAAACUCCUCCGAAAGGAGGAGCAACUUGCCAUUUGGAUAUAUCCUAGCUGUGUUUGUGCCCUCACUCAUGGAUCAGACUUUUUUCAAAUAGGACAUGUAGUUUGUCUGCAGCGAGUGUUUUGGUAGAAACUGCGCCUUCCAUUCAUUAUAAUGGGAAAUGACCACAGACAAGUGCGCACACCAUCUUUGGACCUUGAGUGUGACGCGAUCGGGCGGGGGAGGCGGUCGCGCUGGGGGCGGCGCAACGCGGCUCGGGCCCGACAGUGCCCCACCGGGGCCCUAGUUAUUUUUCCUCCCCUUUGAACUGGAAAAUGGCCCACUUCCCACUGGCGAAAACUCAUGAAAUUUGGCAGGACGACCGGGCCUGGUGAAAAAUUUGAUGUUCUGAAGUCGCCCAAACAAGAAAAUGCAAAAUGGCUCCAUAGCGCCCCCUAAGGUGAAAAAUUCACCUGACGCCUGUACGCUUUGUCAAAAUGACACAAAAAUCGACACACACAUGUAUCUCAAUAAGAUCUACAAAAAAGUCAGUGCGGGCGUAUCUGUCAAAUGUACGGUUAAAGGGUUAUUGCGCAUUUUUUGCCGAUCCGCACACAUUGGAAUUUCGCUAACUCCUCCGAAGGCUUUCGUUCCACCGGCACCACAUUUGCUCAGGCCAAUCUACACCCCAUGGCCAUUAAAAGUUAUUCAAAUCAUGACGCUGCACCCCACGGUUUAGGUUCUAGGGGGCGCCAAAGAUAACACUAAAAUCCACAUAUUUAAAAGUCUUAUAACUUUUUAUUUUUGCCCUCACUGGCCUCCAAGUUUUCUAGGAUGAUGCAAUGUCCAGCCAUCAACACAUUUGUGAAGGAAUUUUUACUCCCCAAAAGAGCGCCCCCCCAUGGCAGGAGAAAAAAGUCCAUUUUUUCUUGUCCCCUAAGGUGAAAAUACACAUUGUUGAGUGUCACGCCUAUACGCUUUGUCAAAAUGACACAAAAAUUGACACACACAUGUAACUCAAUAAGAUCUACGAAAAAGUCAAUGCGCGCGUAUCUGUCAAAUGUACGGUUAAAGGGUUAUUCCGCAUUUUUUGCCGAUCCGCACACAUUGGAAUGUGGCUAACUCCUCCGAAGGCUUUAGUUCCACCGGCACCACAUUUGUUCAGGCCAAUCUACACCCCAUGGCCAUUAAAAGUUAUUCAAAUCAUGACGCUGCACCCCACGGUUUAUGUUCUAGGGGGCGCCAAAGAUAACCCUAAAAUCCACAUAUUUAAAAGUCUUAUAACUUUUUAUUUUUGCCCUCACUGGCCUCCAAGUUUUCUAGGAUGAUGCAAUGUCCAGCCAUCAACACAUUUGUGAAGGAAUUUUUACUCCCCAAAAGAGCGCCCCCCAUGGCAGGAGAAAAAAGUCCAUUUUUUCUUGUCCCCUAAGGUGAAAAUACACAUUGUAGAGUGUCACGCCUGUACGCUUUGUCAAAAUGACACAAAAUUUGACAUACACGUGUAUUUCAAUAAGAUCUUCGAAAAAGUCAAUAGCCACGUAUAUGUAAAAUGUACAGUUAAAGGGUUAUUUCACAUUUUUUGCAGAUCUGCACACAUUGGAAUUUGGCUAACUCCUCCUAAGGCUUUCGUCCCACUGACACCAAAUUUGCUCAGGCCAAUCUACACCCCAUGGCCAUUCAAAGUUGUAAAAAUCAUGACGCUGCACCCCACGGUUUACGUUCUAGGGGGCGCCAAAGAUGACCCAAAUAUCCACAUUCUUAAAAGAAUCCACACCCCCCCCCAUCCCCCAUCCCCCAUGGCAGGAGAAACAGUCAAGUUUUUCCUUCCCAUCACUCAAUGGCUCAAUCGCAUCACUCUCCCGGCAACACCGUAACGAGGAGCAACUUGCCGUUUGGAUAUAUCCUAGCUGUGUUUGUGCCCUCACUCAUGGUCCAGACUUUUUUCAAAUAGGACAUGUAGUUUGUCUGCAGCGAGUGUUUUGGUAGAAACUGCGCCUCCCAUUCAUUAUAAUGGGAAAUGACCACAGACAAGUGCGCGCACCAUCUUUGGACCUUGAGUGUGACGCGAUCGGGAGGGGGAGGCGGUCGCGCUGGGGGCGGCGCAACGCGGCUCGGGCCCGACAGUGCCCCACCGGGGUUCCUAGUUAUUAUUUUUCCUCCCCUUUGAACUGGAAAAUGGCCCACUUCCCACUGGCGAAAACUCAUGAAAUUUGGCAGGACGACCGGGCCUGGUGAAAAAUUCGAUAUUCUGAAGUCGCCCAAACAAUACAAUGCAAAAUGGCUCCAUAGCGCCCCCUAAGGUGAAAAAUUCACCUGACGCCUGUACGCUUUGUCAAAAUGACACAAAAAUUGACACACACAUGUAUCUCAAUAAGAUCUACAAAAAAGUCAGUGCGGGCGUAUCUGUCAAAUGUACGGUUAAAGGGUUAUUGCGCAUUUUUUGCCGAUCCGCACACAUUGGAAUUUCGCUAACUCCUCCGAAGGCUUUCGUUCCACCGGCACCACAUUUGCUCAGGCCAAUCUACACCCCAUGGCCAUUAAAAGUUAUUCAAAUCAUGACGCUGCACCCCAUGGUUUAGGUUCUAGGGGGCGCCAAAGAUAACCCUAAAAUCCACAUAUUUAAAAGUCUUAUAACUUUUUAUUUUUGCCCUCACUGGCCUCCAAGUUUUCUAGGAUGAUGCAAUGUCCAGCCAUCAACACAUUUGUGAAGGAAUUUUUACUCCCCAAAAUAGCGCCCCCCCAUGGCAGGAGAAAAAAGUCCAUUUUUUCUUGUCCCAUAAGGUGAAAAUUCACACUAUUGACUGUCACGCCUGUACGCUUUGUCAAAAUGACACAAAAAUUGACACACACAUGUAUCUCAUUAAGAUCUACAAAAAAGUCAGUGCUGGCGUAUCUGUCAAAUGUACGGUUAAAGGGUUAUUGCGCAUUUUUUGCCGAUCCGCACACAUUGGAAUUUCGCUAACUCCUCCGAAGGCUUUCGUUCCACCGGCACCACAUUUGCUCAGGCCAAUCUACACCCCAUGGCCAUUAAAAGUUAUUCAAAUCAUGACGCUGCACCCCACGGUUUAGGUUCUAGGGGGCGCCAAAGAUAACCCUAAAAUCCACAUAUUUAAAAGUCUUAUAACUUUUUAUUUUUGUCCUCUCUGGCCUCCAAGUUUUCUAGGAUGAUGCAAUGUCCAGCCAUCAACACAUUUGUGAAGGAAUUUUUACUCCCCAAAAGAGCGCCCCCCCAUGGCAGGAGAAAAAAGUCCAUUUUUUCUUGUCCCAUAAGGUGAAAAUACACAUUGUUGACUGUCAUACCUGUAUGCUUUGUCAUAUUGACACAAAAUUUGACACACACAUGUAUCUCAAUAAGAUCUACGAAAAAGUCAAUGCGCGCAUAUCUGUAAAAUGUACGGUUAAAGGGCUAUUUUGCAUUUUUUGCCGAUUAGCACACAUUGGAAUGUGGCUAACUCCUCCUAAGGCUUUCGUCCCACUGACACCAAAUUUGCUCAGGCCAAUCUACACCCCAUGGCCAUUCAAAGUUUUAAAAAUCAUGACGCUGCACCCCACGGUUUACGUUCUAGGGGGCGCCAAAGAUGACCCAAAUAUCCACAUUCUUAAAAGAAUCCACAUCCCUCCCCCCCCCCCCCCCCCCAUCCCCCAUCCCCCAUCCGCCAUCCCCCAUGGCAGGAGAAACAGUCAAGUUUUUCCUGCCCAUCACUCAAUGGCUCAAUCGCAUCGCUCUCCCAGCAACACCGUAACGAGGAGCAACUUGCCGUUUGGAUAUAUCCUAGCUGUGUUUGUGCCCUCACUCAUGGUCCAGACUUUUUUCAAAUAGGACAUGAAGUUUGUCUGCAGCGAGUGUUUUGGUAGAAACUGCGCCUCCCAUUCAUUAUAAUGGGAAAUGACCACAGACAAGUGCGCACACCAUCUUUGGACCUUGAGUGUGACGCGAUCGGGAGGGGGAGGCGGUCACGCUGGGGGCGGCACGACGCGGCUCGGGCCCGACAGUGCCCCACCGGGGCCCUAGUUAGGGCCCGAGCGUAGCUGCUAAGCAGCUGCGAGAGCCCUCUUGUUCCUGUAGUUUCCUUCUUUUGUUAUUAUUAGGGCCCGAGCGUAGCUGCUAAGCAGCUGCGAGAGCCCUAUUAUUCCCCAAGUGGUUUUUCUUUGUUUCUUUUUUCUUUUUCCUCCCCUUUGAACUGGAAAAUGGCCCACUUCCCACUGGCGAAAACUCAUGAAAUUUGGCAGGACGACCGGGCCUGGUGAAAAAUUUGAUAUUCCGAAGUCGCCCAAACAAGAAAAUGCAAAAUGGCUCCAUAGCGCCCCCUAAGGUGAAAAUUCACACUAUUGACUGUCACGCCUGUACGCUUUGUCAAAAUGACACAAAAAUUGACACACACAUGUAUCUCAAUAAGAUCUACAAAAAAGUCAGUGCGGGCGUAUCUGUCAAAUGUACGGUUAAAGGGUUAUUUCGCAUUUUUUGCCGAUCCGCACACAUUGGAAUUUCGCUAACUCCUCCGAAGGCUUUCGUUCCACCGGCACCACAUUUGCUCAGGCCAAUCUACACCCCAUGGCCAUUAAAAGUUAUUCAAAUCAUGACGCUGCACCCCACGGUUUAGGUUCUAGGGGGCGCCAAAGAUAACCCUAAAAUCCACAUAUUUAAAAGUCUUAUAACUUUUUAUUUUUGCCCUCACUGGCCUCCAAGUUUUCUAGGAUGAUGCAAUGUCCAGCCAUCAACACAUUUGUGAAGGAAUUUUUACUCCCCAAAAGAGCGCCCCCCCAUGGCAGGAGAAAAAAGUCCAUUUUUUCUUGUCCCCUAAGGUGAAAAUACACAUUGUUGAGUGUAACACCUGUACGCUUUGGCAAAAUGACACAAAAAUUGACACACACAUGUAUCUCAAUAAGAUCUACGAAAAAGUCAUAGCGCGCGUAUCUGUCUAAUGUACGGUUAAAGGGUUAUUCCGCAUUUUUUGCCGAUCAGCACACAUUGGAAUUUCGCUAACUCCUCCGAAGGCUUUCAUUCCACCGGUACCACAUUUGCUCAGGCCAAUCUACACCCCAUGGCCAUUAAAAGUUAUUCAAAUCAUGACGCUGCAUCCCACGGUUUAGGUUCUAGGGGGCGCCAAAGAUAACCCUAAAAUCCACAUAUUUAAAAGUCUUAUAACUUUUUAUUUUUGUCCUCACUGGCCUCCAAGUUUUCUAGGAUGAUGCAAUGUCCAGCCAUCAACACAUUUGUGAAGGAAUUUUUACUCCCCAAAAGAGCGCCCCCCCAUGGCAGGAAAAAAAAGCCAAUUUUUUCUUGUCCCCUAAGGUGGAAAUUCACACUAUUGACUGUCACGCCUGUACGCUUUAUCAUAUUGACACAAAAAUUGACACACAUAUGUAUCUCAAUAAGAUCUACAAAAGAGUCGAUUUGCGCGUAUCUGUCAAAUGUACGGUUAAAGGGCUAUUUUGCAUUUUUUGCCGAUUCGCACACAUUGGAAUGUGGCUAACUCCUCCUAAGGCUUUCGUCCCACUGACACCAAAUUUGCUCAGGCCAAUCUACACCCCAUGGCCAUUCAAAGUUGUAAAAAUCAUGACGCUGUACCCCACGGUUUACGUUCUAGGGGGCGCCAAAGAUAACCCAAAAAUCCACAUUCUUCAAAGAAUCCACAUCCCCCCCCCCCCCCCCCAUAUGGCAGGAGAAAAAGUUAAGUUUUUCCUGCCCAUCGCUCAAUGGCUCAAUCGCAUCGCUCUCCAGGCAACACCGUAAGGAGGAGCAACCUGCCAUUUCGAUAUAUCAUAGCUGUGUUUGUGCCCUCACUCAUGGUCCAGACUUUUUUCAAAUAGGACAUGAAGUUUGUCUGCAGCGAGUGUUUUGGUAGAAACUGCGCCUCCCAUUCAUUAUAAUAGGAAAUGACCACAGACAAGUGCGCACACCAUCUUUGGAUCUUGAGUGUGACGCGAUCGGGAGGGGGAGGCGGUCGCACUGGGGGCGGCGCGACACGGCUCGGGCCCGACAGUGCCCCAACGGGGUCCUAGUUAUUAUUUUUCCUCCCCUUUGAACUGGAAAAUGGCCCACUUCCCACUGGCGAAAACUCAUGAAAUUUGGCAGGACGACCGGGCCUGGUGAAAAAUUUGAUAUUCCGAAGUCGCCCAAACAAGAAAAUGCAAAAUGGCUCCAUAGCGCCCCCUAAGGUGAAAAUUCACACUAUUCACUGUCACGCCUGUACGCUUUGUCAAAAUGACACAAAAAUUGACACACACAUGUAUCUCAAUAAGAUCUACAAAAAAGUCAGUGCGGGCGUAUCUGUCAAAUGUACGGUUAAAGGGUUAUUGCGCAUUUUUUGCCGAUCCGCACACAUUGGAAUUUCGCUAACUCCUCCGAAGGCUUUCGUUCCACCGGCACCACAUUUGCUCAGGCCAAUCUACACCCCAUGGCCAUUAAAAGUUAUUCAAAUCAUGACGCUGCACCCCACGGUUUAGGUUCUAGGGGGCGCCAAAGAUAACCCUAAAAUCCACAUAUUUCAAAGUCUUAUAACUUUUUAUUUUUGCCCUCACUGGCCUCCAAGUUUUCUAGGAUGAUGCAAUGUCCAGCCAUCAACACAUUUGUGAAGGAAUUUUUACUCCCCAAAAGAGCGCCCCCCAUGGCAGGAGAAAAAAGUCCAUUUUUUCUUGUCCCAUAAGGUGAAAAUUCACACUAUUGACUGUCACGCCUGUACGCUUUGUCAAAAUUACACAAAAAUUGACACACACAUGUAUCUCAAUAAGAUCUACAAAAAAGUCAGUGCUGGCGUAUCUGUCAAAUGUACGGUUAAAGGGUUAUUGCGCAUUUUUUGCCGAUCCGCACACAUUGGAAUUUCGCUAACUCCUCCGAAGGCUUUCGUUCCACCGGCACCACAUUUGCUCAGGCCAAUCUACACCCCAUGGCCAUUAAAAGUUAUUCAAAUCAUGACGCUGCACCCCACGGUUUAGGUUCUAGGGGGCGCCAAAGAUAACCCUAAAAUCCACAUAUUUAAAAGUCUUAUAACUUUUUAUUUUUGUCCUCUCUGGCCUCCAAGUUUUCUAGGAUGAUGCAAUGUCCAGCCAUCAACACAUUUGUGAAGGAAUUUUUACUCCCCAAAAGAGCGCCCCCCCCAUGGCAGGAGAAAAAAGUCCAUUUUUUCUUGUCCCCUAAGGUGAAAAUACACAUUGUUGAGUGUCACGCCUAUACGCUUUGUCAAAAUGACACAAAAAUUGACACACACAUGUAACCCAAUAAGAUCUACGAAAAAGUCAAUGCGCGCGUAUCUGUCAAAUGUACGGUUAAAGGGUUAUUCCGCAUUUUUUGCCGAUCCGCACACAUUGGAAUGUGGCUAACUCCUCCUAAGGCUUUCGUUCCACCGGCACCACAUUUGCUCAGGCCAAUCUACACCCCAUGGCCAUUAAAAGUUAUUCAAAUCAUGACGCUGCACCCCACGGUUUAGGUUCUAGGGGGCGCCAAAGAUAACCCUAAAAUCCACAUAUUUCAAAGUCUUAUAACUUUUUAUUUUUGUCCUCACUGGCCUCCAAGUUUUCUAGGAUGAUGCAAUGUCCAGCCAUCAACACAUUUGUGAAGGAAUUUUUACUCCCCAAAAGAGCGCCCCCCAUGGCAGGAGAAAAAAGUCCAUUUUUUCUUGUCCCAUAAGGUGAGAAUACACAUUGUUGACUGUCAUACCUGUACGCUUUGUCAUAUUGACACAAAAUUUGAGAAUCACAUGUAUCUCAAUAAGAUCUACGAAAAAGUCAAUGCGCGCGUAUCUGUAAAAUGUACGGUUAAAGGGCUAUUUUGCAUUUUUUGCCGAUUCGCACACAUUGGAAUGUGGCUAACUCCUCCUAAGGCUUUCAUCCCACUGACACCAAAUUUGCUCAGGCCAAUCUACACCCCAUGGCCAUUCAGAGUUGUAAAAAUCAUGACGCUGCACCCCACGGUUUACGUUCUAGGGGGCGCCAAAGAUGACCCAAAUAUCCACAUUCUUAAAAGAAUCCACAUCCCCCCCCCCCCAUCCCCCAUCCCCCAUCCCCCAUGGCAGGAGAAACAGUCAAGUUUUUCCUGCCCAUCACUCAAUGGCUCAAUCGCAUCGCUCUCCCGGCAACACCGUAACGAGGAGCAACUUGCCGUUUGGAUAUAUCCUAGCUGUGUUUGUGCCCUCACUCAUGGAUCAGACUUUUUUCAAAUAGGACAUGUAGUUUGUCUGUAGCGAGUGUUUUGGUAGAAACUGCGCCUCCCAUUCAUUAUAAUGGGAAAUGACCACAGACAAGUGCGCACACCAUCUUUGGACCUUGAGUGUGACGCGAUCGGGAGGGGGAGGCGGUCGCGCUGGGGGCGGCGCGACGCGGCUCGGGCCCGACAGUGCCCCACCGGGGCCCUAGUUUCUUCUUCUUCUUCUUAUUAUUUUUCUGCCCCUUUGAACUGGAAAAUGGCCCACUUCCCACUGGUGAAAACUCAUGAAAUUUGGCAGGACGACCGGGCCUGGUGAAAAAUUCGAUAUUCUGAAGUCGCCCAAACAAUCAAAUGCAAAAUGGCUCCAUAGCGCCCCCUAAGGUGAAAAAUUCACAUGAUUGAGUGUCACACCGGUACGCUUUGUCAAAAUGACACAAAAUUUGACACACACGUGUAUCUCAAUAAGAUCUACAAAAAAGUCAGCGCGGGCGUAUCUGUCAAAUGUACGGUUAAAGGGCUAUUUCGCAUUUUUUGCCGAUCCGCACACAGUGGAAUUUCGCUAACUCCUCCGAAGGCUUUCGUUCCACCGGCACCACAUUUGCUCAGGCCAAUCUACACCCCAUGGCCAUUAAAAGUUGUACAAAUCAUGACACUGCACCCCACGGUUUACGUUCUAGGGGGCGCCAAAGAUAACCCAAAAAUCCACAUUCUUAAAAGUCUAAUAACUUUUUAUUUUUGUCCUCACUGGCCUCCAAGUUUUCUAGGAUGAUGCAAUGUCCAGCCAUCAACACAUUUGUGAAGGAAUUUUUACUCCCCAAAAGAGCGCCCCCCCAUGGCAGGAGAAAAAAGUCAAUUUUUUCUUGUCCCCUAAGGUGAAAAUACAUAUUGUUGAGUGUCACGCCUAUACGCUUUGUCAUAUUGACAUAAAAUUUGACACACACGUGUAUCUCAAUAAGAUCUACAAAAAAGUCUAUGCGCACGUAUCUGUCAAAUGUACGGUUAAAGGGCUAUUUCGCAUUUUUUGCGGAACCGCACACAUUGGAAUUUCGCUAACUCCUCCGAAGGCUUUCGUUCCACCGGCACCAAAUUUGCUCAGGCCAAUCUACACCCCAUGGCCAUUAAAAGUUGUACAAAUCAUGACGCUGCACCCCACGGUUUACGUUCUAGGGGGCGCCAAAGAUAACCCAAAAAUCCACAUUUUUAAAAGUCUUAUAACUUUUUAUUUUUGUCCUCACUGGCCUCCAAGUUUUCUAGGAUGAUGCAAUGUCCAGCCAUCAACACAUUUGUGAAGGAAUUUUUACUCCCCAAAAGAGCGCCCCCCCAUGGCAGGAGAAAAAAGUCCAUUUUUUCUUGUCCCAUAAGGUGAAAAUACACAUUGUUGAGUGUCACGCCUGUACGCUUUGUCAUAUUGAAACAAAAUUUGACAAUCACGUGUAUCUCAAUAAGAUCUACGAAAAAGUCAAUGCGCACGUAUCUGUAAAAUGUACGGUUAAAGGGCUAUUACGCAUUUUUGAUCGAUUCGCACACAUUGGAAUGUGGCUAACUCCUCCUAAAGCUUUCGUUCCACCGGCACCACAUUUGCUCAGGCCAAUCUACACCCCAUGGCCAUUAAAAGUUGUACAAAUCAUGACGCUGCACCCCACGGUUUACGUUCUAGGGGGCGCCAAAGAUAACCCAAAAAUCCACAUUCUUAAAAGUCUUAUAACUUUUCAUUUUUGUCCUCACUGGCUUCCAAGUUUUCUAGGAUGAUGCAAUGUCUAGCCAUCAACACAUUUGUGAAGGAAUUUUUACUCCCCAAAAGAGCGCCCCCCCCAUGGCAGGAGAAAAAGUCAAGUUUUUCCUGCCCAUCGCUCAAUGGCUCAAACACAUGUCAUGUGUUCAAACUCCUCCGAAAGGAGGAGCAACUUGCCAUUUGGAUAUAUCCUAGCUGUGUUUGUGCCCUCACUCAUGGAUCAGACUUUUUUCAAAUAGGACAUGUAGUUUGUCUGCAGCGAGUGUUUUGGUAGAAACUGCGCCUUCCAUUCAUUAUAAUGGGAAAUGACCACAGACAAGUGCGCACACCAUCUUUGGACCUUGAGUGUGACGCGAUCGGGCGGGGGAGGCGGUCGCGCUGGGGGCGGCGCAACGCGGCUCGGGCCCGACAGUGCCCCACCGGGGCCCUAGUUAUUUUUCCUCCCCUUUGAACUGGAAAAUGGCCCACUUCCCACUGGCGAAAACUCAUGAAAUUUGGCAGGACGACCGGGCCUGGUGAAAAAUUUGAUAUUCCGAAGUCGCCCAAACAAGAAAAUGCAAAAUGGCUCCAUAGCGCCCCCUAAGGUGAAAAAUUCACCUGACGCCUGUACGCUUUGUCAAAAUGACACAAAAAUCGACACACACAUGUAUCUCAAUAAGAUCUACAAAAAAGUCAGUGCGGGCGUAUCUGUCAAAUGUACGGUUAAAGGGUUAUUGCGCAUUUUUUGCCGAUCCGCACACAUUGGAAUUUCGCUAACUCCUCCGAAGGCUUUCGUUCCACCGGCACCACAUUUGCUCAGGCCAAUCUACACCCCAUGGCCAUUAAAAGUUAUUCAAAUCAUGACGCUGCACCCCACGGUUUAGGUUCUAGGGGGCGCCAAAGAUAACACUAAAAUCCACAUAUUUCAAAGUCUUAUAACUUUUUAUUUUUGUCCUCACUGGCCUCCAAGUUUUCUAGGAUGAUGCAAUGUCCAGCCAUCAACACAUUUGUGAAGGAAUUUUUACUCCCCAAAAGAGCGCCCCCCCAUGGCAGGAGAAAAAAGUCCAUUUUUUCUUGUCCCCUAAGGUGAAAAUACACAUUGUUGAGUGUCACGCCUGUACGCUUUGUCAAAAUGACACAAAAAUUGACACACACAUGUAUCUCAAUAAGAUCUACAAAAAAGUCAAUGGGCGCGUAUCUGUUAAAUGUACGGUUAAAGGGUUAUUCCGCAUUUUUUGCCGAUUCGCACACAUUGGAAUUUCGCUAACUCCUCCGAAGGCUUUCGUUCCACCGGCACCACAUUUGCUCAGGCCAAAUUACACCCCAUGGCCAUUAAAAGUUAUUCAAAUCAUGACGCUGCACCCCACGGUUUACGUUCUAGGGGGCGCCAAAGAUAACCCAAAAAUCCAAAUUUUUAAAAGUCUUAUAACUUUUUAUUUUUGUCCUCACUGGCCUCCAAGUUUUCUAGGAUGAUGCAAUGUCCAGCCAUCAACACAUUUGUGAAGGAAUUUUUACUCCCUAAAAGAGCGCCCCCCCAUGGCAGGAGAAAAAAGUCCAUUUUUUCUUGUCCCCUAAGGUGAAAAUACACAUUGUUGACUGUCACGCCUGUACGCUUUGGCAAAAUGACACAAAAAUUGACAAUCAUGUGUAUCUCAAUUAGAUCUACGAAAAAGUCAAGAGCGCGUAUCUGUAUAAUGUACGGUAAAAGGGCUAUUUUGCAUUUUUUGCCGAUUCGCACAUAUUGGAAUUUCGCUAACUCCUCCUAAGGCUUUCGUCCCACUGACACCAAAUUUGCUCAGGCCAAUCUACACUCCAUGGCCAUUCAAAGUUGUAAAAAUCAUGACGCGGCACCCCACGGUUUACGUUUUAGGGGGCGCCAAAGAUGACCCAAAUAUACAUUACAGUAGACAAAGUAGUUUUGCCCACUGAGUGGCGCCAAAGGGACUUGUCUGUGGAGUCUGUGAGUCACUAUUGGCCGUUUUUGACUAAUUUAGAUUUUACCUUUAUAUUUCCUCUUACAAAAUUUUUACCUUGCCUUGCCUGGUAUCAUUUUCUUCAGCACAACCUCACCUGUGUCAAUUUACAGUUAUUUUAUCAUUUUGACAUACUAUAUUUACACAUUGGACCCAAAUUCACACACAAAACAUAAAAUCCGAGUGGAAAAAAGUAAUGUUUUUACUGUGAAAACCACAAAUAUGUGUGAUGAACUGUUUGUAAAACUUAAACUUCAAAUAAAAAUUGUAAACUUCAAAACAUGCAAAUUUUUAACAAAGAACAUAGUAAUUUACCUCUAUUUACAUCAAAAUGCAGGCAAUGGCCCAGGUGUUCUUUGUAAAAUUAUUUACAAAACACUGUAUAGUCUCACAAAUGUCACUUUUUAUUUAUGCCACUACAAAAAAACAUGAUGUAAAUGAUGCAUGAUGUAAAACAUGAUGUAAAAAAUUUGUGUAGAUCCUCCUCUAUGUCAGUCCAUGUGUAAUUUUUCCAUAAUUCUUUGUUUUUUGCAGCAUUUUUGUUAGUGUAACUGCAGAUUGUGCUGACAGUGUCUAUGGCAAAAAAAAAAAAAAAACUGAAAAUGCCUCAACAUGAACCCCUGGUGGUCUCUGAGGGUGAAACCUGCUAACUGCUGCAGCUCUGUCAGCUUCAGUCUCCCAUGCAGAGCUCGGAGCGCAUGUGUGGCUUUGCACCCUUAGCAGCGUUGCUAACUCCUCAGUAAGGAAAGCCUGCUUCAUGUCAGAGUCUCUAAACUCCAGAAGAAGUCGAUAAAAGUCACUUUCUAUCUAAAAAAACGUCGUUAGGGGGUCUGAAAAGUCAUUGAAUCUAACAACAAAGUCGCUAGGUUUGCAACUACGUGUCCCAGACUGCAUCCCUGCUGAGAGUCCCUCCCUCCCUUCUCAUAUUGCAGGAAGAACGUAAGCACCCGCCCCUUGUCAAUCAGUCACCAUAUAAUUUUGGAUUGGUUGUUGUGGUGAAGUUUUCCACCAAAAGGAGAGAUGUUGUGGUGUGUUUUUUUUUUCCUUUGGCAAGCCUUUUCCGCCUGUAAGACCUGUCGCUAAUGUCUGCAUGCUAUGUUUUCCUGUCUCAUACAGCGCGAUCGAGCGCCGAACGUGAUCAAAAUAAGCAGAAAACAAGUAUCGCGGACAUAAUUUAUCAUAACUCUGGUUUUAUUUGGCCUAUCAACACAAUUUAAAAACUGGUAUAUAGGUUGAGGUCCUCACUUUUGAGAUAAGUUGAAACGGAGAGUCAAAGAGGCUCCGUCUUGCAGCUACAUCCGGUUAAAUAUGUCAUGUGACUUGAACGCACACACACACACACACACACACACACACACACACACACACACACACACAGACACACACACACACACACACACACACACUCAGAGUCUGGUUUUUAGCACCUGCAAAAACAUGCUAUUUACAUAUUUGACAAGAAUGCAGAGGCUCCUUUUGCCCCUGAAAAAAAUCAAAUUUCAAACACAACUUGACUGGUCAUUUCUCCAAAAGACAACCAUGAAGCUCCAUCCAAACCUGAAGCAGGCAGUUGGUGCAUGUGUACAGUAACCUGAGGGGAGUGAGGUGACUGCUUCUGAGGAGAACAUGAGCAGUGAAGAUUCACCUUAGAGCUAGAACAGAGACGUGCACAUGAUUAUACAGGGGCAGGGGCUCAAGUUUUUUCCAGUUGUUUAUACAAUAUGGAAAUUAAUGUGAAAUUAAAAAACAAAGUAUUAAUAGAAAGGUAAUGACUGUCCUGUGUAGGUGACAGUGAUAUCCAAUAGGCUAGGCACUCACGAAGCUGGCUGUGGCAAGUGUAAGUGAAAGCAACAUGCACUGGCAGGAAGAACAGCAAACGCCGAUGAAGGAAAAGGGUCUUUGCAGUGAUGGGCGUUACCAGAGAGGGCGAUGGCCAGAGGACACAAAUGGGACGGGGAGGCAGCGCGUUGGGGGGGGGACGCGACACAGCUCGGGCCCGCCAGUGCCCCAACGGGGUCCUAGUUUUUUAAUUGUUCCUUUUUCUUAUUUUGUUAAAAGAUAUUGAUAUUUCCAAAAUUAAGAAGUUAGGGAUUCAACCAUUAUGACAUUGUCCCCCUAUAACCCCAUUUCCUCCUGGCUGUGGAAAUUAAGAGUCAAAUUACAUUCAGUAGGAGAGGAGUGCCGGCCAAAAAUAGCACAAAUUCACUAAUUACCUGGAGAGUGUGUGUUUUUUUUAUGUGUGAGUGUGUGUAUGUGGGUUAUAAUUGUGCAGCUGUGGGUAUGUAGGUGUGUGUGUGUGUGUGUGUGACCUCACUAGCCUAGUUGGGUAACUUCCUGACCUUUCUCCAGUGCCUGCAGUGGUUUCUUUGAACCACCAAACUGGCAUUUAGUUGUCAACUGGCUCUCAGCCUGUUUGCACUUGUGAGUUUUAGUGUGGAGACAAAAGAAAGUGUGUGACAGUAAGAAAGCAACACAGCACAUGUAUACAGUAAAUGUAUAUGUGCGUUUGAUAUGUGUGUGUGCUGUAGAUGCAGGAGCAGCUCUGUGGGUCUCUGGUAAUCACACAUUAUUCAUGAGCUCUUAAUGUGAGACGAGACAAACUGGCGGAGCUGAUGACAAGUUUGAUGAGAAAGGAGGAAAGGAGCAGCUGGUAUGUGUGUAUGUGUGUGUCUAUGAGUGUGUAUGUGUGGGAGAGUGUGUGUGUGUGUUGCUACGUAAGUCAUUACCAGUCUGUCAUGUUCAGCCCGCACUCACUAUGUGAUGGGAAUGAGCGAAACAGAGCACACACACAGUCACACAAGCAGGGAUGCUGUAAGGAGUCAUAUUAACAAAUAUACUUGCUAACUUUGCUCACACACACACACAUUUUAUCCCAGAUGGGCCAAAUGACUACCAUUAAAUAAGAUAUUAUUGUGCAUUCUUCGCCUUAUCUUCCCCUCUUUAUCUGAUUAUGUUAGCUUACUGUACAUUUCAGUUUUUCCUAAUGAGGCCUCCCCUUUAAAUUUUAAUCACCCGAAUCAUCCAUCAUCCAUCUCCUUGUAGAACCAUCUAAUACUCAUUUUUCAACACCCCUGCAACAAGUUCAGUCUUGUCCCAGAAAUAAGCCUGAUUUCUCAGAAAUAGCCUCAUUUGAGUGAACAUGUAGCAUGCUGAAUAUAUCAGACAUCCCUACAUUUUUCAGCUUAUUAAUGCAUUUGGGUAUUUUUCAACUCAGACAUGUACUUGUUCAGGAUUUGUGCCCAUUAUUAAAAUGCACUUGGAGGAGGAACCUGGCACUUCUGUGAGACGGGUAAUCUAUCACAAUGUGUCUUCUGUGUUUGUCAAACUUACAUCAAAAUUACAGUCAGGAAAUGGUGGCAAAGCCAAAAACAAUCCAUCAGGGGCAUCAGGUAUUGGCUUGUGUCAUGCAUUAUAGUUUGCCCUCAGAUGAAUAGGUUUUAAUGAUCAGUGAAUUGAACUACUUCAUGACUGACAGGCAGUCGAUCUGCAAUAAUCACCAUCAGCACAUCGGUGUCUUGAUUUUCAGGAUUUGUAGUCAUCAUAGGUUAAUUAUCUUCUGUGUGUUGGACUGUUUUUCGAACAAAAUGAGACAUUUUUGGACUUGGUAUUGUGCGAUGAUAUUUUUGGAUUUUUAUAAUUAAGCACACUAAUUAAUUCCAAUGAUAUUCUGUUAAUGAUAAUUGGUAACGAUGCGCUGUGAUUCUAAGCCUUGUUCUUGCAUUUGAUACUAACAAUCUGAAAUCAGAACUUCCAAUUUGGCACUUUAAAUGUUAAUACUCCUCUUUUUAUUGAGCAAGUCUGUCAGUCCACGACCAGCUUAUUUUCCAAAAGGUUUUUAAUUUUGACUCGUCAGACCGCAGAACAGUUUCCACUUCACUUCGGUCAAUCCUCCAGAGGGGGCGGCUGUUUGUCAGAAUUUGGUUUGCGUACUGUAAAGUUUCCUCUUCCCAUGAUGGAGCUGUAACUUGCAUUUGUUUAAGCAGCGAUGAUCUGUGCUGACUGAUGAUGGUUAAUGAAGGGGUUCCUUAGCCCAGGCAGAGAUGUCAGCAACAGUCUCAUCUAGAAGCCUGCAGAUCAUGACUGUUCUAUGACAUUUUGGGGCCUUGCCUCCUGCACACUUUUAGAGUCCAUAAUCUUUAAUUAUAUUUUAAAAACCAUGAGAUCCUCAUUUUCUUUUCUUGCAUUUUUGCUCUCUCUUUCACUAAAUAGUGGAUCCCUUCCUUACUUCACAUCAGGAAGUCUCAUCUCCUCUUGAAUGCUCUUUUAAAACCCAGUCAUGUCACUGACCUACCACCAGUCAACCUCAUUAAUAUGGCUGUGGAUUUGUUCAAGUGGUAGAGCAGGUGCCCCCAUAUACCCUCUUUUGGUCCACUGCAGCUUCUGCAUAUGGGACAGAUGAUUCACCAACAAGGCUAUGAUGGCACCCUAUAGGCUUAUAGUUUUCUAACAGCAGGUAAAUUCCUCUGUUUUGGCAUUCGAUAAGUUGUCUUUGUGCUACUUAUUUAUUUUAGAAAUUUCAGUGUGGUGCAAGUCCCCUCCUCCUCUGUUUCUUUUCUUGUUUAACACAGCAUCACAAAUUUUAUGAAGAAAAGUAUUUACUCAGUAUCCGUAUCAGAUGUCCUUUUUCAUUGGCAGACAAUUCUUAGCAGCUUCUGGAUGUAUUACAGCUAUUCUAACAGGAACUGUUUGAACAUCUUUUCACAUUAGUGCUUUCGAGUCUUUGUGAAAGUCUGUAAAGCUGCAUUUACUAAUUUUUUGUCCAUUUUAUUUCAACUGCUGUUCAGCACCCACACUGGCCUUUCUAACAGCAGAGAUUUAAACACAGAGAAAGCACGGAAGUUUCUUGCUAAAAACCUUUGCGAAAAUGGCCUGUGAUGAAUUGCCAAAUGAGUUCUGACGUUGAACAUUAUGUGUCUGCAGAGCUGAAAUGCAAAUAUGUAACCCUUUAAAUAUCAUCAAAAGUAGAAUUGCCAUCAAAGGAAAGCAUGCGAGCAAACAACAUGAGCUUCAAUGACUCAAGAGAUCCCCUUUCAGCAUGAAUCUCUGGAUUCAAGCUUUUAGCCUGAUGAAAUAUACCUGUUUUCUAAUCAAAUUCUCCUUAAGAUCAAGUAUAGCUAGUCUAUGGCUAUUGUGUCAAAUACAUUCUAUUUCACUGAGUGCGCACAGUGAUAUUUGUCAUUCAUGGUCAGUAGGACUUGUUCACCUCCACUGACAUGUCCUCACUAAUGUGGAUAAAUCUACCUGUGGAAUGUUUUCAGCAUCGUAAAAUGCUGACUAAGAAGGCACGGAAGGUCGAAAAAUAAAAAACGACAUGGUUUCAGAUUUAUCCAUAUUAGUUCGGACACGGCCCAAUUUAUAGGCCUGUCAGUAUGAUAAACAGGCGCUCCUGGUCAAGUUGUUCAAAAAUGACCUCUUGUUUCAGGUGAAACAAAGUUGUGCAGCCGAGGGUUUAACACAAACCUCUUUAACGGUGUUAGUCAUGCCGGGCAGCAUCUUUUAUCCCCCCACUACCACCACCACCACCACUACCACUGUUCAAUCUAAUGUAGAGAAAGGAUGCUGUGACAGCCAGCACAACAGCUAGCUGCGCUUUGAUUCAGCUCAGAUCAGUGCAGUACAAAGGAUAUUACAACCAGGAUUUGUCAGGGGGUAACUUCUUGUGUCUUCGCUUUGAUAAGGUGAUGCGGCAUUAAGAAAACACCAUGCGCUGAGUAGUGUUGAAGAAAAACCGUCUCCACACACACAUACUCUCACAUGCACACACUCCUCUUUCUCUUCAACAAAUCCCCUCGUUUUUUCUUAAGAGAUCUUGUUUAGUUAGCUUCCCUGUGGAGUGCUGCAGUAUGUCUAGAUGAGGAUUUUGCUCAUUACUACUUCAUCACCGCUAAUUAGUCAUCGUGAUAGGUCUCUCGGACGUGUCUAAAUUCUGGUUCUCAUAUGUAUAUUAGGGCUUAAUCACCAUUGGUGAGUCAUUCUUUAAACUCUCAUUAACACCUCAAAGGUUUUUUUUUUUCUUGUUCUUGGUGUCAGAAAAGAGGGAGGACAGGAGGAGAGGUGUGGCGAUUGAAAGGUGUGUGCAAUACGGCGCUGAUGCAUCACUCCGGUGCUAAACAUUCCUUUUAUUUUAUAUGAUAAAUCCUUCAAUCUCUUUUUAUCCGUCACCUAUUUCCCUUCAGAAACCUUCUCCCGAUUGAGUUGUAUAGCAUCAUGCAUCAGUAUUUUGUGCUGAACACCAUUUUGAUGUAUAUUUUUAACAGUAAACAGAUGAACGGUCGACUAUGCAGCGCAGAGUCAAAUAGAGUGCAAAUUUUCCCGGCGUGUGUGCAUGUGUGUGUACGACUCUGCGCUUGCACCCUGCGUGUUUUCAUUGAUUCCUCGGGGAGCUGAACAGUGUUUAUGGAAAUGAGGUGACAUUUAAACAUAUGCCCCCUAACAAUUAUCUUGAAACAAGUAUUUAACUGCACAAAAACACGGCCCUGUGUUUCAGAGUGAGUCAGGCGCUCGGCUACAAAUAAUACGCCAUCAUGAGGGGACAGAGGUGAGCUGAGCCAACUGGUUCGCCAUUUGGUGCGCCAGUUUGCUCACGGCUGUAAACACGAUACUCAGGAAUCUUUGAGCACUUUUUAAUGAUGAUCAUAAUGAUUAAUGAUACAAGCUCGGUAUCAAAAGAGCUCCCCGGGGACGAUCAAGCUGGUUAUAGCAACUUGACAUUUAUAAAGUUGGACAAAUGUCAGAAAGAGAGGGAUUAGUCAGAUCUGAGUUUAAGAUAAAAAGAAAUGUUUGAACAGCAGCUAUAAGGUAGUUUAGUCUUGUGUCGCCUGGAAAGCUAUUUAAAAGUCAGGCCCUUAGUGCUGCAGUCACUCACAUUCAUAAGGUGUAAUCUUAAUGCACGUACACACACACACACACACACACUCACACGCACACUCUCACUCACUCGCACUCACAUACACACCAGCUCAGCCAUCAGGCCCUGGUGGAGCAGUUUGAGAGUGAGCAGGUGAGUGCUGCUGAAUACUAAAGUCCUGUAUGACUCGACCAUUCCUGCUGACCGCUGCAAAGUGCUCCCACUGAUCACCGCUAAUGUCCUCCAUCACAGUUUACACUCAACACUCCAGAGAGAGUGUGUGUGUGUGCUAAAGUGUGUAUGUGUGUGUGAGUGUGUGUGUGUUAGGGGAGAAAGGUGGAUAAUUGGGACAGAUGGGUGAGAUAGGAUGAAGCGAAAGAGGAGGGAGUUGGGGCGAGAGCGAGAGACGGUUGGCAUCGAUUUUAACACUCUCUCAAGCCUUUAUUGACAUUUCAUUUAGCUAAUGAAUUCAUUAGCGCUUCAUAGCAUAAUAACCUCUACUUGAUAACCAGGAUGGUUCCCCAGAGGAAAACUCUGCAUCUUUCCUCUGUUGCCUCAGUAUUUUUCCGACUUCUCCAAACUCAUUCUCAGCUUUCUCUGAUUUUUCUUUCACUCCCCUCUCUCUAUCUCUGUUUUUCCUUCCCCACCACUCGGCAAGUUUCUUACCUGUUUGUUUGAGCUGCAUUGUGUAACUUGUAAAUGAACCCGUUGUUUGAGGUGACAUUACCCCCCCGUUCUGCUCAGCAUGUUCUCAGCAAUGAUGUAAAAAAAAAAAGAGGUAAAGGAAAGUGCAGUGAUGUACAGGUGCAUUCAUCCUUGCCUAUGUUUAGGUUGUCUUUGUGCUUCUGCUGGAGUGCAGACACUGGAUCCGUGACGCUUGUUCACCUCCUGAGAUAGAGAUGAUCUUUAUUCAAUUUGAAAACGACAGACUCAUUCUUUAUUUGUGUCUCUUUGGUUUGCAAACACACACACGCAGCCUCUGACUUGAAUGCGUGAAUCGAAGGAGCUUUUUAAACUUAACUUUUUCAAUCACACAAAGAGGGUUGUCUCAAACAGAGGAUGCAUUCACAAUCCUCCGGUGGAACUACAAGCUCAGAUUUAAGAUGCUGCUUUAUGAAUUGGAAGUGUUUAUUUAUUUGUGUUUGGGUCUGAUGCCUGCAAGGUAAAAAUCUGCUUCUGUGGCAUAACUGACCUGACCUGUAUGAAAUGUGUGUGGGUGUUUGUGAGCAUGUUUGGAAGGUAAAGCACGGGCUGAGUGUUUGGUAAUAGACUGUCAUUGUAUGAACAGCUCAAUGGCUGAAUUUGUUGAUGUCAUAUUUUCACCAUGAGGCAUGCCAACAUCAUAAAAACGCACUUACUGGUAUCAGAUCUAUGUUUUGAGUGACACCGGUAGAAGCAUCCAAGUGCACACAAGCAGACACAACAGAUGGCCGCCCUCUCAUUUUGUAUAUUACCUCGGGACAGAUGUUUGUCUGUGUGGUCAUUAGUGAUCGCAGCAUCAGAUAAUUACCUGGAGACACGGCAGCACAUAAACACACACACACUCACAUACAAUUAGUGAGUGUUUGAUAAUUAAGGGAUGUUUGAUGAACCAUCUGGAACAGCGGCUCAGGUAGAAUCUGACUGACACACUGCAAACAAAAUCAUACACAUGAAAACCUCGUAUUAUAACGCUGAAUGUUCCGAGGGAGCUACAGUGGAUAGUGAGACGACAGGUGAGAGAUGAAGUGAUGAGAGUGUCCUCGUUAAACAGCCAUUAAGAUGUCAUGUCUCUUUUAAGGGUUGAUCUCAUCCUUUUUUGUUCUCUUUUUUAAAGCUACAAUUUUCUUCUACUGCCUGUCGUCUCCUCCAUUCACUUCUCUCCGCUAUUCACCAUUACCUGUGCUCUCAUCCCCCUCUCCCUGGCACUCCUCUUAUCUGCCUCUCUCCUUUUGCUUUUCAUCUCAUCUCAUCUCUCUGCAGCCCAUUCAUUUUUAAGCAGGUCAAGGGUUCAACUGCUAAGGCCUUUAAGUGUGUGUGUGUGUGUGUGUGUGUGUGUGUGUGUGUGUGUGUGUGUGUGUGUGUGUGUGUGUAUGUGUGUGUGUGUGUGUGUGUAUGUAGGCAAUGGAAGUAAUAUUGCAGUAGCAAUAAGACUGAAAAAUCCUUGAAGGAAUAAAAAAAAGAGGGGGUGUGUUAUUUGUUGGUCAGUGUUUUUGUUCUUCAAUAACCUCCAUUUUUCUCUCCGUUUCUGCUGCUGUUUCACUUUCUCCUCAUGGACUCUACUUUUACUCAGGGACAGGUGUGAGGACGCAGUUAUUGCUCCAUUAACUCUCCAUGUAUACACCGUGAGCUUGCACGCGCACGUGGGCGUGCACUUUACACACAUUUGAACUUAGGUGCUUGAAUUCCUGUAUAUGUGUGUGUGUGUGUGUGUGUGUGUGUGUGUGUGUAUGUGUGUGUGUGUGUGUGCGUCUCCAGUACUGACACACAGGACACACACGCCCGGGUUAAGAGCAGCUCAGACAAAUUAAUUAUCUCUUCUCUGGAGGAAAGAUGACUCACUGAAAGUGAGGCUGUGAACCAGUGGAAGCCCGGGAUUCUCUCUGAGCCUGGGACUCAGGGUUUGCGUUUGCUGAAAUAAAGCUUGAUCUAUGAGAUUAUAAUUUUUUUUUUCACGUUUUAUGUGUAUGAGGCUGAUUUGAAAAAAUAAGUGUGUCUGAAAAAAAGUCAAGCACGCACGCUGCAUUUAUAGAUCAAAGUGGCAGAGGGAAUUUAAAUGUAUAUGAACAAGCCUCACUUCCCUGAAACUGCUGAUAUCAGAUCAAGGCUUUCAUGUUUUGCAUAGCUGUGGCUGCGACCAAGACAAUCAUGCAGACUGCUUUGCACCAGAGCCUGAUCAGUAAAUCUGGAGUCAUUAUUCAAAAGCCAUUAUAUAACUUACGCAUGGAUGGUAAUUUAUUUUCUUUGAAAAUAUCAUCAAUGUGUGCGCUCCCAAGAAAAAUUCAGACUUUCUGUCUUGCAGUAACUGUUUGACUCCAUUCAGUCAGUGCUGCUAGAGCGUGAUCGCAAACGAUAUUUUAAAACCAGGGCAAUGUGGUAUCUCAAAGCGAGGCUUUCAUGUUUCUGCUGUCUCAGCCACAUUCUCUAUCCCUCACCUUUCACCUUUGACCUCUGACUGAUCGCUUCGGAGAAAAUAAAGUGAUAAAAGGUCAAAGUUAUGGGGUCAAGGUUUCCAGGAAAUGAGAGGGUUUUAUUGAACUUUUACCUUAUUAUGUGCUCAUAUGAGGGAAUUUUAUACAGAGUAGAAUGUGCUAAUGCAUAAACACAUACAGUGAGGAAAACAAAAAGACAGAGUUGGUCAAAAAUCUGUGUUUUAUUAUAAAAACACUGUGUGUGCUUUAAUGUGUGUUCACUCUGCUCUCAUGUUUAUGGAUGGCAGCAGAUAGGACCUGCUAGGACAUUCUGAUCGUGCAGGGUCAGUCAUGCAUCAGUUACAACAAAGCAUCAAAUUAUUUCAGACUUACCUCCACUUGUGGUGCAGGGCCAUGAUGCACACACAAAUAAUUGAUGUCAUUUGCUUCGUCUGGCGUUCACAUCAGUUGUGAUGGUAAAAGCCGCCACAAUUAUCCCAAGCAGCCGCAUUCCUAUGUUUAGCAGAUUGGAGAUGCCAGGCGGUGGGCUUAACGCGGAGCAGAAAUGCUCUGGCCACGCGUUGCCAGGAUGGCACCAUAACAGUGGUCUGCAAGCAGCCUCGAGCUAGCAGCCAUGAGGCCUUGGCCACCUCUUUUACAUGGGCAGGGUGCCUGUUUCCUCUGUCUGUUUGUGUUUGUAUGUUUGCCGUGAUCUUGUUUGCUGGUUUCUGCAUGAGUCUGCUAUGGGGCCGUCUUACCCUUGCUGUGAGGUAUAUUCUUACCCUGUGGUACGGGAUUAGUCACUAGCCUGAAUGGGAAGACAUGGAAACAGCGGGAGGGGAGGAGAAUAGAGGGAGAGGAUGAGAGGAUGAGAAGAGACGAAAGGAGGGGAAACCCCCACAAAGAUGAGAAGAAAUCUGUGGGUGGAUUGUGCGAGUGCAUGUGUGCCUGCCUGCCUGCCUGCCUGCCUGCUGCCUGCCAUGGGUAUUCAUCAAUUUCCCUAAGAUUCUCCACUUUUUCUCUGCCAUAAAGCCCGGAGGCAAGAAGUAAACAGAAACUCUGUAAGAUCUGCUUCUCCUUGCCUCCUUUUGUUUCUUUUUUUGUCAUCUGUUUCCUCUCCACAUGAGAAGUUAGCCUCUCAUGUUUGCAUGUGUGAUUUCUUGGAUUACAUAUGCAGAACAUCCAACAUGAAAGAGACAUAAUGAGAGGGAUCUGUAGGAUGGGGUUUAUACUUUCGACUACAUCUCUGAACGAUCAGGUGUUGCUGCUGCACUUGAUUAAUGAAAGAUUAAUGUUUUGUUUUUUUAAAGCUUGUUAAAAAAAAAAAAAGAGUGCACUGCACAUUAAAAACAAUGUCAAAUUGCAUGAACUUUGUGCAUGUGGCCGGAAGUGUGUGUGCUUGAGUGUGUGUUUGUGUUACUUUGCAAGUGUGUGAAAAACAGCAGCGUGUGAUUUAUGCAAAUGAGUGUCGUCGGCCGAGGAGGAGGCAGAAUUCCCAGGCCUGAUGAGUGGCUUAAUGAUUCAUCAGCCUGGCUCAGGCAGGCAUCAAUAAUGGAUGACAGAGUGGGUCAUGCAGGAUUGCUCGCCCCUUGAUUAAAGUGCUCCAAAGCUAAACGCCUCACUUCCUUCUUUCCUCCAUCUUCUCACCCUACUUUGUGCAAGGGUAAAUACAGAAAUAUAGCAUACAUGCACAUCCCCACACGCACACAGACAUACUGGUGCACAUGGUCUUAUAUUUCUUCUCUUCAUCCCUCUUCAUACAGCUUUAUGUCAUCUCACCUCUCACACACUUAAUAAGCUCUCAUUCCUUCUUCAUCUCCUCACUCGGCUUCUUUGGUCUUAAUCCAAUCAUGGCUAGUGAAAGAAGGAAAGAAAGAGGAGAAGAGAGAGAGAGAGCGCAGGAGAGGAGUGAAAGAAGAGGAUGUAAUAUCGUAGGAGAAAGAAGGCCACAAAUGAAUGCUUUUUGUCCAUACAGAAAUGGAACCUUUCUCUCAGGAGAGAAAACAAGAACACAAAUGUUCUUUCUCACACAGAGCGAGGGGAGUCGUUUUCUCCCUCUCUCUCUCUCUCUUUCUCUAUCUUUUUAAGCUGUAUGUGGGUGUUGGUGUGACAGGACAAAUCUCUGUCUAUUAGGAGACAUAAACCUCUAAACCCUUAGCUACACGGUCAUACAUACUAAUGCAGCGGUACACAGGGGUGGAUAGAAGUUGGGAACGAUAGCGAGGACACAUGAAGAAAGAAGGAGAGCAGAGAGAUGGAAGGAUGUUGAAAGCAGAGGGAGUCCUGGCGGGAUUUCAAUCCCCUUGGCCAGCACAGGGUCUUAACUGCUACACAAUCUUUGAGCACGGCAAAACCAGCUUUACUAAAGUCGGACUGAUGUUUACCACAGAGUUUGUCUGUCUGCAUGUGUGUCCAGUGUGCACGUGUUACUUUGUGAGAACAAGCUGUUCAUCUCAGCAUCUGCGGUGUCAUUAGCUGUCCAUUCACUUGCACUUUAAUGUGCCAGAAAGAAGAUCACACGCUCUUUAAUGGACACACUUGUGUUAGCUUCCCUGAUGGCACAGAUGAACCCAAGAGUGAAACACGGACACCAGAAAAAAAAAAAGCUCAAACCCCACUUUUGAGUUUUGAAAGAAAGUGCAAUCAUAAAUGUCUGAAAGGGAGCAAUCAUUCCUCAAUUUAGUAACAGCAUCACACACACCCCCCACACACCCUUCAUCCUCGAGUUGGCAAGACUUAGACAAGCGUUAAGAAAGUAGCGUGUAAUCUGCGAUUGUAUUAAUCCUGUUCUUUAAAUCUGUCACUUCCCAAACUGAUUACCUUCAUCUUCUUAACUUGUCUUUCACUAAUCUGUAUCAUCACUCUGGCAGAUUACAGUCCCAGUUUGAUCACUUAGACAGAUAGAGACACAAUCCUCUUUGAUGCAGUCAAUCAGACACCUUGUCUGCAGAGGCGUGUCAAGACUUUUUUUUUUUUUUCGAUUGCAUUUGCAUGUUGUAUGGGUGAGAGCAAGUGCUGCUCAUUUACCAUUUAUAUUAUAAGCAGCACUUGCGCAGCACUUUUCUAGUCUUUCACCCACUCGUAUCACUUUUUGCACUACAUGUUACCCACUGCCUAUCACACACUGAUGGCAAAGGCUGUGUAAAGUGCCCAUCAUGAUACACUAAUCCCAACUACAAGCCGGAGAUACUGUGUGAACUGCGGGAGCUGAUAGACGUUAUCUUCUAGAAGCUAACAGAAGCCUGUAACAUAGCUAAGCAAUCAAUCAGUCUUUGUUUGUACGGCACUAAUUCACCAAAAUAUUGUCUCAAGACCCUCUACAAAGUGACCUCUACCUUUUGAAAUGGUCCUGCUUAUUCAGACAGACUGAUUGGUCUCUGUUACUCUUUUUUUUUUUUUUUUUUACUGUUAAAAAAAAAAAUCACAAAUCAGCUGUUUGGAUUACAUCAGACAGGGCUUGACAGUGCGUUUUGUGCCUUUCACCCACAUUCGCAACUAAAAAAUAGUUGUGUACAAAUUGUGAAAUGUAUUUAGGGGCACAGGUGCGCAUAUAAAAAAUCGGCCGAGGCAACAGAUGCGUUUUCAUGUUAGUUUUAGGUUGGAUAUUCAACGGACAUUCACUGCGGAUCUACCGGUGUCUUCUAACUCUCCAUAAUCAGAAACAGCAACAGCAGCACAGUUAAAUUUACUCGGCCGCCUUGCUGUCAAUGUCGGAUAAGGGACCGUCAAUAAAUUACCGAUUGAUGUUCUCAGAAAAGGUUGUUUUUCUUCAAUAGCUUCCAUGUCAUACGAUCAAUUGACCUAAAAUUGAGCUCAAAUAAUAGUAUUUAUAUCGACCAAUAAGACACACAUUAUUGGAUCAGUUUUCAUUGUGCCCCUAAUGUUCCUUGUGUGCUCUUUACUUUUCUACUUAGGAUCACAUGUGCUCCUUGGGAAAAAAGUCAGUGUCAAGCCCUGAUCAGGGAUAGGAGUUUUGCAAAACCAGAGGUGUGGUUGAUUUGACAGACAGGUGGGCAUAUUGUAGCUGUCUGCGGGACUCACUUCUUUGCCAGUUUCUGGUUUUGUUGGAGUUUGGUUAGAGUGAGCGUUUCAGCUUCAGUGUGUGUGUGUGUGUGUGUGUGUGUGUGUGUGUGUGUGUGUGUGUUCUUAUACCAGGGACACACUGUACAGUAGUUCAUCCAUGCACAGUUUUUCAGUUAUGUAUGUAAUUUAAAUGUCAGGAGUGUAUGGUCCAUAUAAUUCCAUUUUUCUUCCAGCUGGGAGAGAAAAGCACUUAAAUACUUGAGAUGACAUUUAGCGAGAAAAAGAAGAGAGAAGCCUCAGUAAGAAGCACGCAGAUGGAGGGACACGUAACUGACAAGUACUUUUUAAUGCAUUAAAGCGAGAAACAGAUAUGGGAGAAGAACUGCGAGAAGUUCCUAAAAUAUUGUACGAAGAGUACAAGAGUAGACAAGAUCAGAAUGAAUGAGAGGUGGAGUGAUGGCUGAGGAGUGGGUGAAAGGAUAAUAGAGGACCAUAUCCAAGCAACCAGGCACUCCAAGUCUUUUCUAUGUAAUUUUGUCUCCUGGCACAAGCAUAAAAAAAAAAUUUAAAAAAACGUGGGAUGCAAAACAAACAUACUGCAGAAAAGACGUAGUGUAAUUGCACUUACACGUAUGCAGGAAAUUGAAGAUAGUUCCUUUGAUCUCUCUGUGACAUGAGCUAAGAGGAAAGAGAAGGAAACCUCAGGCUUUACAAAAAAAAAAAGAAAAAGAAGAAAAAAAAUCCAAGUCUCUAAAGAGCACAUUGAGUAGGUGGUAGGAUCAUAAAAUUACAUUAGCAGACAGGGGAGACCACAGUUUGAGGAGCGCUCAUGAAUUUUAAGAAUUCAUAGGCAUGUUUUUAUGCUUCUGUCCUGAUCCAACUCAACCCAAGUUUUAUCCACAAAGCAGCUGAAAAGCAACUUUAGGUCAUGUUUGUUCAAGUGGAGAAAAUGUUUUAAGAAGUCCUCUGUGUGUGUGUAUGUGUGUGUGUUAAGCAUUGCGCUGGUGAAUCAGUUUAACUUGUGUUGCACAAACAAGAAGCAGAGCUCUCACAUUGUGCUUAGGAUGACACCAUAGCAGGAAGAUUGAGAGUUGAGAGGGAGGGUGUUGAAAAGGGUAUGGAUUUCAAAUGUGGUCCCCGUAGGAUUGAUCACUGAAACAGUGUGUAAAUAACUACAUGGAACUAAGACAGCCCUGUUGAAUAGAGGAGAGAGAGAGGGAGAUGGAGAGAAUGAGAGGAGAGGAAGCCUCUCUGGCCUUGAUUGUGAUAGACAGGGAAUUAAAUUCUGAUUGUGCGCUGAGUGAUCGUUCGGUUAGGCCUUGCGACAAAUCAGAGAUUUACGGCUUUAGCAGGAGAGCAGUGCAAUUUGUCCACGCAACAGGCCUCCUGCUGUUGUUCAACAUAAACACAGUACAGUUAUUUUGAGUCUGUUAACCACUGGUGCCUUGUUAUUUUUCACCUUCUUUUAUAGAUGGAUGUGAUAUGUCACACAUUAUAUAAGGAUGUUUCCCUGUGGCUCUUUCUCCCUUUACAACAGGCUAAGGUCUUUGUCAGUCUGUUAAUCUAUUUGCAGCGUAGUUGCCUACAGAAGUGUUUAAAGCCCAUUUAUUUUUACAUGUGCGGCAUUGUUUAUUUACAGGAAACAAGGCAUAAAGGCAGCACUUACUGCACUCUCAAGCAUUUAGAUGUGACAUACUUUCUGUGUCUUUUAUGCACUCUGGCAGAUAAGAUUUUUUUUUUUUUAAAAAGGCUGCAAGGUUCAAUCGCAGUUUUUCAGCUUGAAUGUGAGUGAGUGUUCGCAUUCAUUCUGAGAGAAAAAUAUAAAACUUUAGGAUCUGUAUUUGAGAAUAAGGCAAAUUCUAAGAAACGCAAAGAUCCUCAACUUGGAGAUGAGUUAUUUAAGUUUUUUCAGAUGAAAGAGUGAGAAUAACUACUAGAUGACUGAUUGUGUCACAAAAGGUCCUGACAAAAUAAGUACAGAAGCAAUGAGUGAGAGCCUAAAAUCUGAAAUUCCUUAGCCUGAGCCUGCAGGUGAGUGCUAAAGUGCAGCACUGGUUCAGAGCAGUGGAUUCGAUAACAGAGGGUUAGACAGGAAAUGUUGCAGCUUACAUUGACUGCCCAAUUUGAGGCUCUGUUUGUCAGAUGAUUGGGAGAAUUACAUGUCAAGUGUCAGCGCUGCCUGCCUGACCGAGCUUCCUUUUCUUCAUCUGAAUUGGAUUUGAAUGCCUCGAAGCGAAAUGGGCCCGGGCUUCACUUAUCAUGACGAGCAUUGCAAGGUUUGUAAUAUUUAUACAAUGUCUUGAAUUGAGAGAAACAAAGAGAGCUUUUUAAGUGUUUUAAAAUGACAGUGAUGUUGUCAAGGUCGCUCCUGGACAAGUUGAUGUACAGAACAAAGAGGAUCUAACAGAAGCAUUUGCCUCUGCUUUAUCAGCAAAGUAAGAAUUUCUUCUAAGUGUUUCUUGCAUAUACAGUUUCAUGGUUGUGCAAUGACCUAUAUAAAAUAUGACCCAGCAAUAGUGGAUGACAUGUUGAAAAUGUUGAUUCAAUUUAACCUUUAAUCAAAAAUGAGCUUUUGAACUCUGGACCUAGUGAGAUCUCCGUGGCCUUGCAGCAGUCUCAAGUGUUUCUCAGUGGUCUAUAAAUUAUGAUUAUUAAGAUCUUAGCCAAAAUCACAAAACCUGUGGCUGGUUCAAGGGCUUUUCUUCUGCAGAGCUCCAGUAGCUCAUUACAAACCCCACAGGUACCGUUUUCUCUACUUCUCAAUGUCUGGCUUGCAGAGCGGGGCACAGGGGGCGGAGCUAGUGGCUCAUCCAUGGACUUAGAAAAUGUGACGUAAAAAAUCCCACUGUGUCUGAACCUGCUGUUUGGGUCUGCCGGGGGUUCACCGUAGAGAUGCACCGCUCAUUUUUUUCUGAUCCAAUCUGAUACCGAUACUAUUGGCCGAUAUCCAACACUGAUCCAAUACUACAGUUGAAUGAAUGAACUGUAUACCUUGGCCUGUGAGUGAGGGCAGAUAUGAAUUUACUUAAUAUUAUUUAUUAACAAAUAACAAAUUGCACAUUAGCACACAGCAAAAAGAAGUAAGACUUCCAUGUAAUUAUUUAGUGCAAAAGGAUAGACAGACUUAGAAUAUAGACCAAACUGAAUCACUGUGUUUCUGUAUAUGAUAUUAAUUAAAAGAAAAAAAAAAAGGCUGGUUCGGAAUGCUGGAUCGGUGUCAUUCAUCAGAUAUCCGAUCCAGUUAAUUUUUAAAUAUCCAAGCUAAUGUCUGAUCCAAAUAUCGGAAAGGUGCAUCCCUAGUUCACUGCAGAAAUACUCAGAAAUGCAACUUUGCCCUGAGUUUUCUCAUGAUUUGCCCUUUAGCAUCAGAAAAAUGCCAGAUGAUCAUACAGACAACAAGAAAAACAAGAUUUCCAUCGGAGUGGGUCUUUAAAUCAUCUUGCUGUAUAGUUACAUAAGGGGGUUGUAGGACCCAUGGACUCAAAAUAAGAAAGGACAUGUUGGCUUCUGCUGUACAAGUCAUGAAACUCAUUUUAAAAUCUUGUUUUCCAGUGGGUUUCUCAAUUUCUUCUAAGUGCAAUACUACAUCACUUCCCCCUCUACAGAUGGAAGCUGGCACUUUAAAUGAUGGUCACUGUUCCACUCCAAAUGCCAAAAGCUUGAGUAGGGAGCUAACAUAAUAAAAAGAAAAGCUAUUUUAAUGCAGAGAGAUAGCUAUAGACCAUCUUAGUUCCCCUUGGGGCUAAAGUUCAAAUUGAACUCGACAUGAGAUUAAAUGUAAAAUAAACAUCUGUUCCAGGACUGUCAGUUGAAGGAUAAAUCCCAGGGAAAAGUGCUCCAUUUCAACUAGGCAACAAAAAGCUCAGGGCAAAUUAGCAAAUCUAAUGUCUUCAUUAUUUAUUUAUUCUGUUUGUUACCUGCAUGCUACUUCAUUUUUAAAGGUCACAGAGAGAUGGAACAUUUUGUUAUGUUUUGAACAAAACACAAGAACGAGAACAAGAGUUUGACAAACAACGGUGAAUCACGCUGUUGAGGCUGCUGCUCAAGAUAAUGUACAGCUCUUACAGAAACACAGUGAGUCAGGACCCACUUGUUUCUGGAUCAUAGGAGUGCACUUUGUACCACCAUGUAUUUUUGUUUUCUGACUCAUUUUAGCUUGUUUGGUGUUUCCUCUGCAGAGCUGGUUUCUGACUGUGUAUGAGAUGACAUAGCUCGCUGGUGGUAACACAUCUGUGCUAUUGGCUGUGUGGAAAUCAUAACAACUGUAUCUGUGGUCAACACAGCUGUGGCUUCGGCCACAAUAGUUCCAUGUACUUAUUAAAAGCUGCAUUUUUGUCCGGCUUAAAUGAUCUGGAGCAAACAAAGAUCUCCAAACACGAUCAGAUGGCUUCACAUUGCUUGGACCUGCACACACGCACAUCAGAUGAAUAAAUGGGUGUGAGUUGGCCGUGGAGAGAUAUUAAAGUCAGUCAGGGGAGAUGCAUUAGGGCUGCAAAUGUCACCUCAUUAACACUCAGAUAUCAGGUUUGGCAGCCUGUCUUCAUGUGUGUGUGCAUGUGUGCGAAAGCGUGUCUGAAGCUGAGAUCUGCGGGUCAUUACAGUAACAAGCAUCUUAGCCCUCAGGUCAGCUGUCGUUAGCUACAGAAGAAUGGCCAGAAAUCAUCAGACUGUCACACUGCCAGACUUUCUCCUCUCGUGUAUGUGUGAGCACACGUGUGUCAAACAGACAAAAUCACAGGAGCACUUCAGAGACCGGUAGAGAAGAAACAGACAUCACAUACGUGUAAAUAGAUAGAGACUGGGGGACAGAGCUGGAGGCAAACAGAUUAACAGAGUGUGUUUUUUUUAGCACGAAUGGAAUUGUUUCUAUUCAUUAAAUUGGCCAAGUUGUAGUGAUAAUUAUAGCAGAAGAUAAUUAAAGGCUUAAUUGGGCUUGAUAAACAGUCAGGAAUUGCUUAUUGAAUUGUUCUCAGAAGGCACAGUAGCAAUUAGAAGUUCUCUAAAUUCAUAAACGUCUACAAUUUAUUGUUUGUCCCCACGUUACUACCUCCUUAUCCUCCCCACCCUGAUGUUUCCUUUCUUUUCUCUCCUGCUGAAUGCACCAAGGCUUUUCAUGCCUUGCAACAUGUGGUUCUUAGCAAUCUGAACACAAGUGACACGCUUUAAGGAGGAGUCUCCACACCCUGCAUCUACUAUGGCUCUCAAGGGACUACUUGUGAUCUGAUCCCACUUUCCCACUGCAACUGCAAAUUAAAGCUGCAAGCUGCAAUGAACGAGCCCUCACAUCUCUGUGCAUGCCAAGGUUUAUCAGGGAACGACUGUUUUGUAUGUAAAGAUGUGAUACAUUAGCCUGUAAAUGCACAUCUUUGUAAGUAUAUGGUGGUGCAGUAGUUGGAUUUGUGAAAAUUUGUGGCAGUGGUAAAUUGAGGCUUAAAGUCGCACCCACUUUCCACACCUAUAUUAAAUGUUUUAAGGCUCCGAUGGGAACCUGUUAGCCACAACUGGUGACUCUACAUAUGAUUUAACCCCCUUAAGAAAAUACCUCUUGUUUAAAAGUGAAUUAUGCAUCACUAGGUAACAGUGUUUGUUGUAGAGUUACAUGAAUUCGAGGGCAGUGGGGUGCACCAGAAGCAUGUUGAAGAAAUUUCAGCCAACGAGACAGGAUUUGACUAUGUUAAUGCGGGAGUAGUAACUUCCUGUUGCCAGCAGGUGGCAUUGCUUUUCUUGGAAAUUUUUGAAGGUUGGUAAUGUUUAGGGUGGGACUCUUUAUGAGAACAGGUAAUGUUGUGCAGAUAUGUUAAUCAAAGGAGGGUUUGACUGAGAAAUUAUGCAAAUUAAGUUGAUGACAUCAUCUAGCGACUUCUCGGAGUUGGCAACGCUGGCCUCAUACCAUUGUUUUGCCCUUCUCAUGUUAUUCACAGCAUGUGGAGGCAUCAGUUAUGUAUGAUAGUUUAAGGGUGUACACGAAAAAACAGCACAGAGACAAAGCAUGAAAAGUAGAAAGACCGGAGAAAUAUCAACCUGCUGCCUGUCAUCAACAUAAAACACUGAAACAAACUAAUUGACCACAUCGGUUACGUCCUCUUUUUCUCUACUCCUCCUCCUUCAGCAUGAAUGAAAUGCAGUUUUUUUCUUUAAAUUAAUACAGACAUCACCACCCUGCUUUUUGUUUUCACUUAAUUUUUUGUACACAUUUACACACAGCUGUAAUGUACAGAAUUUAACUUUAACCCUUACAUGUUGGAGUGACGAGAAAAAUCCAAGUACUUUUCAUUAGCCUAUGAGACACAGAGGAGAAAUAUUAAAUCAGUCAUUUUCAAAAUGAUCUAUUGUUACAAACACAAUCAAGCAGACAAGGAGCUCUUGAUUUGAUAUGGUUUUAAGAUGCCUUUACAGGGGAUUUUUGUUCAUGUGUUGUUGCUGUAGGAUCUGUUAUUUUCAGGUGUUUUUGAGAACUAAGCCACAGUAGGAAGGCCCACCAUGCUGGUAUUAGUUUUUAUCUGUUAAAAGCUCAUAAAUGCAGCUGCCUGGUUGAAAAUUAAAGUUUUGAUUAAAAUUUGUUUUGUAAGUUUAAUAGAAAGCUUUGUGGGAAUAUUGACAAUGGUGUCAUUUUAAACAACAAAAGGUUAAAUCUUCAUUUUUUUACCAUGUUAAUUGUGUGAAGCAACACAGCAAAACAUAUUCUGCAAUAGUAGCUAACUAUAGGACAUAUCGUCCAGCACUACUAUAUAACUAUUCAGUCAGAGACAGAAAAUUAUUUCCCUCGUUGAUACCAUACUUUGGGAGAUCAAACACAUUGUGAAACAAGCAGGUGGCAACAAUAAUUUUGUGAAAUCUUUCCUUAGACUCUUCAAAUAUUUGUUUUCAGAAAGCAAUCCUGUAACAUCUCUGAAACACAGAAAUGUAUUAUCUUCCUCCUACUCCUGCUUUACUCUUCAAUGUCCUUACAUUUCUCAUUGAUAUCAAACAGUAGAAAUUCAGGCAUUACGCAAACUGACAUGAAGGCAGGAGAGCUGUGAGUUAGUUUAUAUGACAUGCCAAAUUUAGUCAGUAAUCAACAUAUUCAUGGGUUUCAUAGCAACAUGAUGCAAUUACUGUAAAGUGUUAGCAGCUCUGUAAUUUCUGAGACAACGUUCCAUAGAAAAGUGAGCCAUAUUCACGGUCUUUUCUUCCCCUGCAGAGCAAGCUCACUUUAGUUGAAGCGAAUAUAUUUGAACAGAGAAAGUCUGUUACUGCGAUUAAUCUCACCACUGGGCUCUCUUCCUCUUACUAUGCGCAUUUUAUUAUGCAUGCUGAAUGUUAUUAUGGCCUAAUUUUUUGUUACUUUGGAUAUGAUCUGAAUUUGAUGCUGAACCAAGUUUGCUAUUAAAACUGAUAUUGCAGUCCUGGUAACAAUUAUCACAUCUGAUCAGUUUCACCCCAGCGUGUCCAAGCCAGCAUGGUUGAUAAAUCUAAGGAGGCAUGAAUUAUAAUGCUGCUAGAGAUAAUACCCAAGUGCUCAUGAGUCACAUUUAGUUUUUCACAGAUACUGAUAAAAGAUGAAAAAGAGGAGAGCUACAAGAGGAAGGAGGGAGGGAAAGCCAAACAUGCUUGAUUUAUUUCCUCACAUAAGUUUAAGAAUAACUUAAUAAAAGGAUUCAUUUGGAUAUAUAGGUGAAAUUUUAAUAAUUUGUGUAGCAGAAGCCAGGUUAAUUUAUGCUCUUUCUGUCAGACCAAAUUGUUUUUUUUCUCCCAUGAUGAGACCCCAUUUGCUUGAUAGUUCUCCCUUAUAUAUCCCUCAUCCAUCUAUCCCAUUUCUUUAAUGAUAAAUACAUCCAAUCUAGCAAGCAUACUGCUCUCAUAAUGCUGUAUCAGAGUGCCUGUACGGUAAAGUCUACAGGCGUCAGAAGUCCUCCCUCACACUCGCUCUAGGUUGAGUCCAGCCAGCCAUGAAAAUGCUGUUCAAUAUUUAAUUACAGCCAGCCAGAAGGUGACCAGUGAGACAAGUGGAACUGUUUAGCUCAAGUACAGUAAAAGUGGCUGAACUCUAUUUUUAUGUAAUUGCUGUAAUCAUAAUAAAUGACGUGAAAAUUGAACAACAAUUAACAUAAUCAACUUACCAUACAUAGUUUAUUUGUUGACUUUGAACUGAGAGCUGCAUUCAUUCACAUAAAAUUUAAGCAAAGUAAAGCCUUUUUUUUUUACUGUGUUUCUACAAGAUUUGUUCUUGUUUAUAUCACAAAACUUCUUUUAACAGCAAGCUCCUGUUGGAAUGAAAUGCUGUGACCACUUGGGUUUGAAUGGGAGUCAAAUAUGCACACUUUGCCAAAAUAUGAGAGAUGAGUCUUUUCUUUAAAAGGAGGGAUUAAGAGAGAUGGAAACUAUUUUAAGUUCUGUGUGCUUCAUAUUUUUAAGAGGGAUUUGUGUUGAUUUUGACAACCCCUUAGGUCCAGGUGUUUGCUACGGAGGCUAUUUUGGCAAGUUGUCACUUUGUCUAACACCUACCCAGCAGCAGUGGUUCUAUGUUAAUCUAUGACAUUCACACUCUAAUUAAGGCAUUUCUGAUGUUAUUGAUGGGCAGCUUUUUUUCAUUUAAGCCGGGAAUACAUUAUAUGAUAGUCCUGGCAAUUUUGGGCCCAAUUGCCCCUUUCAACUAAAGUCAACAAAAGCCCAAUUGUUAGAAAAUUUGAAAUACUUACCUGCCAGAUUACCCUUUGAGGACGAUCAUGCUUGCCCAACUCAAAAUUGUAACUAUGGGGGGGGGGGUGUCAAAACAUGGUAAAAACAUGUUUAUACUAUGUGUUCGCAAAACAUACUGAUACUGAAUUGAAAAGGAAAGAAGUUGGAAAGAAAUUCAUACUGCACUGAAUGCAGUGGAAGUAUCAGGAGGAUAAGCAGCAGUUCAACAGAGUUGUGUUUGACCAUGAGAGACUUUAUGAGAUUUCCAGUUGAGAAUCAGGACUUCAGUUGCUGGGGUGAAAAUAGCCUGAAAGACCCACUCCAACAAAAACAUGUUUUCUUGUUGUCUACAUGUUCGGUUGGCAUUUUUCUGAUGCUAGAGGACGUAUCAUGAGAACACGAAGUACAAAAUUGCAUUUCUGAGUAUUUCUGCAUUUAACUCGCUGUGACCCACUGGCAGGCCAGACUUUGAGAAGUAGAGAUGACAAUUGCGGAACAAAUAUGUGUGGUAGUGGAUUGCAAUGCUUGUAAGAAAGAUAAUUAUGAUAUUAGUUUUCAUAAUGCCCCCAAAGACAUUAGUUGAAUAGCUCCUGUAUUACCUGCCACUUCUGCUGCACCAGCAAUGUAAAACUACAAGCUAGCACUAAGAGGAGUGUACAGAGCAGCGCUGUCUCCACCCACGACUCAGAGGUGAAUUGCUAAUGAGCUACUGGAGCUCUGCAGAGGAAAAUCCCUCGAAAAUGACACAGGUAAUUUUGGCUAAAAACUUCAUGAUCACAACUUAAAGACCGUUAAUAACACUUAAACAGUAAAAAAAAAACUGAAAUGGGACUUUAAAGGGUGUGGUUUGCUGUGUUUAUCACACUGACACCACACACUACAGAAACAAAUAGUUAAAUCUGUCAUCAUUUGUUGUUAUGUUGGGGUCUCUAUCCUUUUCUAAAUCAUCCAAGGUUUUAAAUCCCUUUCAGUGUGUGCCAGGACUUAUUGAUGUUGAUACACCUACAUUUUGGAAUAUUUAUAUUGGUCUCCAGUUCUUUGAUAGUGUGUUAUUUGAUCAGAUACACAAAGGGAGUCCAAUGAGACAGUGUGGUUAAAUCUGGAUGCUAGCAUUAGCAAACAGCAGCCCAAGAAAACCCAGCAUAUGAAACACUUAAUGCAGCUGACCAAUGGUUAUCACACCAUCUAUGGUCUGUUGUUUUGAAGACUACGACCUUACUGUGCUCUUGGGAGUGAUGGCUCUCAUGACAUGGUAAUACAUUUGAGUUUUGCUACAAGACACUCAGGGGACAAGACUCUGCAGGCUGCAUGCCAAAUGGUAGCAGACAAAGUUGUACUUAAUUGUUUUAAGCCUAAAUGUGCUGUCCGGGACUUGGAUCACAGCCUUUGAAGUAGGAUGAAGCUCAGAUUGGAUGGUCUUGUACAGGAGUGUGCACACUCACAUCUCAUGUUUUUACUCUCUUAAAUUCCGAACUCUUACUUAGUGAGAAAGUGAGUGUAGCGUUAGUCCAGGCCAACCACAAUGUCAAGCUCAGCUCCAUCCCAGUCAAUUACCCUCACUGCAUCUAAUCAAUAAACGUCAAAAUGGAUGUUCAACGUAAACUGCUUCAGCCUGCUUUGACUGGCUCCAUUGCAGCAUGUUUUCUGGUUUUCUGUGAAGAUCAACAGUCCUUAAUUUUUAGUUUGCCCUGGUUUUGGUUAUCUGAGUUUAUUUUCUGUGUGCGUCCUAGUGUUUCUGUGCCCUAUUGUUCCUGUUCCCUUGUAGUCAUCUCUUGUGAGUUUUCAGUUUGUGUCUGACCCUGGUUCCCUCGUGUUCUCAGUGUUUUUUUGCUUACAUCAGUUUUCAGUGUUUCAUGUUUUAUUUUGAAGUAGUUUAAUCCCUGUGUUUCUAGUCUUGUUUUACUCCCUCAGUGUGGGAUCCAUUUCGGACACAGCCCUUGUCUUCCCCUGUUCCUUCGUCGGUUCAUUAUAUGUCUAUGCCCCUGUGUGUAUGUCGAUGCAUCCAUGGCUGUGUCUUAAAUGGAUCCCUAACCCCUAUAUAGGCAACUAUAUGGGGGUCAGCGCCAUUUUGAGGGGUGUCCGAAAUCUGAGUGAUCAAUUCCAAUGCUUCAUAAAGGCGACUCAAAAUUUCCCAUAGAGCAUUGCAAAAUGUAGUGACCAUCCGAUGGUCACUCACCGGUGGUGGGCAUCCCGUCAUACAUUGCGUCAAGAGAUGUGAAAACAACAGCCGCAACUUCAGACGCGGCAGUCUGAGCAGUGAUGUCACAACGUUGCGCCAUGUAGAGUAUGGAACCUCUGGUGAUUGAGCUCACUACAUAACCAGCUAUAUAGUCAAACCCCAUAUGGAGGUUAGGGGUUAGGGAUUAGGGAUUGAGUGAUCCAUUUUGUACACAGCCAGAGUGUCUCCAGAGUCUGCAGAGUUCCCCCAGUGCCUUCUGUUGGUUUUUGCCCUUUUAGAUUUUUAGUUCCUUUGGAUUUUGCCUCUUGGUUUUUUUUGCCUUUGGGAAUAUUUCUGUUGGACUUUUGAAGUAAGUUUUUGUUGCUUUUUAAUUCCUUUUAAAUAAAUCCUUUUUUUGGUCGUCCUGCGUUUGGGUUCUCUUUUCAUUUGUUUCAACCGGGAUCGUGACACAGACAGAGGGCAAAAAAAUCCUCUUGGUUACUCUUUUCUGAACUCUCACUAACUCAUUGUACAAUAUUCUCAUGACCAAAAAAGGGUAAUAUUAGGAAUUGGGAAAUGUGCGAUAAAAGUCAGACAUCCAAAAAUUAAAAAAACAGAAAAAAAAAACAGGAGCGGGCAGUUGAAGAGGUGUGAAGGCAAUGACAGGGUGAUUGCAUCAGAAAGGUGCCCUCACAGUUUCCCUCUGAAAAAUGCAGAGAUUCCUCAGGGGGACCUAUUUUUUUUUUUUUUUUUUCCUGAGGAUUUUUACAUGAAUAUGUUGUGUAUCAUUAGUUUCCAGUGUGCGCAUUCUCAAGCCCCAACAGACCACGUGUGUGAAAACACUUUAAGCGUGACCGGUUCAUUUCCACAGAAGCUUAAGACACUGAAUAACAUGCGUAUGUGUCUGAAACUCCUGCUAUGGCUCAUAAACACUCUCAUUUGUUGGCGUAAUUUCAGCUAUGAAGAGGGAUAACAUGGCACUUCUCCCACAAAUUGAGGAUAAACACGAAGAGAGGGAGUGAGGAGGAAAAAAAAAAGCAUUCACAUUCACAACCUCGCACAAACGCUCACACACAUAAUCAUGCAAACAAUCACUGUCUAUUCAAGGCUGCAGCAGAUAUCACUUGUGCUUUCUCUGCAAACAGAUUUAUGCUAGUGAGGUAAAUUGAGGUCUAGAUUAAUUUAGCACGGCUGUAUCAGGUUGACAGACUGAGCACAACUAUGCAUGCAUAAAUGUGUGUGUGCGCACUGAAUGUAGUGCUGUGUGUAUGUGUGUGUCUAUGUAUUCUUUGUUGAUGUAUAAGUGUAAGAGUCAGAUAGGGUCUGUACAUUUAAAGCAGAUGAAAGCUUUCAUGUUUGAUUUCAGUAUUCUGCAGGAAAAUGUGGUACCGCUUGUCAGGAUCCUUCUGACAUAAACAAAUGACUCCCGAGUUCACGCACACACAUACACUCAUGAACACACACACCUCGGCUUUCAUUCAUUUGCACCUCCCCUCAUAUAUACUUGCAUCUUUCCAUGGACAUAUUUCCUUGUUCAAAAUAAUUACUUUGACAGACUCGGGAAAAGUGUGAAGAUAGGGUUAGGGGGGGAGGAGGCCAAGUACACACAAAAAUAAACACACAUAGUGUAUAAAGAGUGUGAGUCAAUGUGCACUUAACGCAGCUCCUGUAAUCUUGCGUAAGCCCAAAGGUUGACAAAUACACAGGAUUCAUUAUCUCAAUCUCAUCACCCAGCGGCACUCAGAGGAAGGUCGCUUCCUGUGAUUGGAUCAUUUCCUAGUUGUGACUUAAGCCUGCAAGGCGGAUCGAUACCGUGCACACAAACACAACAACACAAUGGAUCAAUGUAUAUUAGUUACCUUUCUGUUGAUUUGGGCUUAAGAGAGUCCUGUCAGCCUCCACUUCUCUUUACUCACUCUCCGACUAGAAACCAGACUCACCUGGAUGUAGCAUUUAUCUGCGAUGUACAACAGAGACUAUUAGACGCUACAGUAAUGAUAAUACCAAGGUGUUUGUGCAUGUCUGUGUGUCAGCUAGGGAACACAGGGGUCACAUAUCCUCUUUGCUGCCUUCCUAUCCCUCCCUUUUUCCCCCCCUCACCUCUGCUCCUGUGUGCAGGCAUAUUACUGAAGCAAAUUGAGGCCAAUAGACUCUGUCACCACAUGACCCAGGGCUCACCAAACAGAAAAAGGAGCAUGCCAGAAAGAGAGAAACAGCCAAAUGGAAGGGAUAAAAGAGGAGAUAAAGGGAAGGAGAGAAUGUACGAGUUGGAAGAGCGAGAAAGAAAGGUUUGGACGGCUAGAAAAGAGAGAGAGAGAGGGAGGGAGGGAGAGGGAGUUAGAGAAAGAGAGAGCCAGGAAGUGGACAUAGAGAAGGAAAAGAAACAGAGUGGGAGAGAAAGAGAGAAAGAAGUGACAACCUCAAAUUAAAUUCCCAUCAUGUCAGUGUAGAACAGAAUUCAAUAGUGUUUAUUGGCAGCCCCCAGCCUCAGGGAAAUUACAUUCUGAAGCAGAGCAUGGCAUGAAUGCACAUACACUCACACCCCUCAACACACAGGGGCGCACAUCUAUUGUACACAACAGUGUGCAUGUCUUAGGACCAAAAACCCUCUGGCUGAUGUAAGCAUGUGGACAAGUGAAUUAUCCCCUCAGGACCAUGUGCCAUUUGUUCAGUGCAUGUCUGUGUGUAUUUGUCCACCCGUGUGGUAUUUAGACACUCCUGAACAUGUGUGUGUGGGUGUGUGGAUGGGUGAGUAUAUGUGUGUGUAUUGUUUUUUGGAACUUUCUCUACUUUCCAUGCACUUUUUUUGUUAGUGUACAUUUGUCAAAGUUGUGUAGUUCUUUGUGUCUGUCAUGCACAAUCACUGCUUUCUCCGCAGUCAAACUUUGGACUAUUUGCCAUUACAGUGCAAACACAGGUUUUUAUUAUAGUGGCUGUAUUAAAUGUGUCCCCAGGCUCAAGUUGCCAUGAGCGCAGGGCUUCAACGCCUUUGUCCAACCUCCAACAGCAGCAGCAGCAGCAGCAGCAGAAAAUGCCCGGCGCUUUAAUGGGAUGCCGUUUAACAGUUUUAUGCAGAGCACAUGUAGAAGCUAUUACUGCUGAUGUCUCUGGGAUGCAGAUUUGUUCUAAAUGGCUAACAAUCUGCCAUUCUUUCACCCCUCCAACCCCUCCCUUUCUGCUCUCUAUCUUUCCCCCCUAACCCUGAAUGUCUUUGUCUGUUUACGCCUUCAUCACAACUCUCUCUCAUUUAUGUCUCUCUGUCUGCAGGAGCGAGCGGAGAGGGCUUUGGGCUGCUCAGCGGAGGAUCUGAAGGCUCUUUUCUACUGUGAGCUGUGUCACAAGCAGUACCUCAGACACCAGGAGUUUGACAACCACAUCAAUUCCUACGACCAUGCACACAAACAGGUACACGAGAUGCACCUGCACUGCAACCACAAUGUUCUUAUAUAUAUAUUUUUUAUUAUGUAACAUCACGCAAAACCUUCACACACAAGUGAGCAGGUUUCUUUUUAAACGUCUCCUCCGAUAGGUGAGUGUUGAUGGAAAGCUACUUUUAAAUUUCCAUGUCAAUCUACUCGUGGGCUCAGUUUCUCACCAGGUAACAGUAGGAGUGUGACAACUACAUCAUCCUUUACAAGCACAUACACACACACACACACACACACACACACACACAGGAGGGGAACAGCUCAUCUCAAGACAGGAGCACUCACAACUUAUUCAGUUUACACACAGAGAGAGACAGACUGUAUUUCAUUAAGGAUAAACUUUAUUGAUCCACGCAGAGACAUUUAAGUCACAGCAGCUUUAAAGAGGAUAGAAAAUGAAAAACUAAGGUGCUACACUGAUUUACUAUGAAAGGUCUAAAGCAAAAUAAAACUUCUAUCUCUAUUUUUUCUACAUACUUAAAUGAUCCCUCAUCCCUUCAUAGUCAGGCAUACUGAACAACAAAUUAUAAAAAUUAGCUCAAAGACAGAAUCAUCCCAGUGAGCUCAAACUUAGAAAUUUGGUGAAAACAGAGCGAAAUGAAGCUUUUAACUGUUUUUCAACCAGCUAAAACAUGGCAGCUAUGUCAGUGUGCCAGAAACCUUGUUUUUAUUUUGAUGAAUUGUUCAUUUUGGGACAGAAAGGAGGAGAGAAAUUAUUUUUGUGUGUUGGCUUUUCUCUUAAGUAAUUAUCCAGCAGUAGUUAAAAUCCUGUCUCUGCAAAGACACAAGUUCAGUGCAUGUUAUUUUUCAUACUCUCUAAAACUAUGGCGAAGAGCGUUGAGGAAAAUAAUACAGACAGCAAUUUGAAGCUUUCAUAAAAGAAAACGAUACGUACUUUAUACUUCAGCUUUGAAACUCAGACUCUGAGAACUGAAUUACUCUUGGAUGCUGAUGUUGCUUCACAACAAACAGCACUGUGCCAGGGAGGAAUCCUGUAGUUUUAACAGAGAGUGGUGGAUUUAAAUAUUCGGGGUCUCCGUAUCAUAUCUAGUGGGCAGUGUUUCAAUUCUAAUCUCUGCUCGUAAUGCACCGUAAUAUUGGCUGCAAAAUGUGUGGGAGUGAAAAUCUGUAAAUGUGUCAUGACUUUUGUGGCAGAAGCAGAAUUCAAAGAAAAAACUGUUCCAAACAUAAACAUUUAGUCAACAUCUUUACACAGUGACUGAAAGCAAGGGCACUUUAAAACUGUUUUUAACAUUUAUUCAAGUGAGACCAUGAACAUUUUUCCAACAUAUUUUAAACCAGAGGAAUCUCACUGCGAUCAGUUUGUUUCAUUUAUGAAACAGGCUUAAAGUGAACAAAUAUUUUCCUUGAUCUUGUUCAAAAGAAUUGUAAAGCCAAAGGCAGCAGCUGAUUUUUCUCAUUUUGAGGUUGAUAGACCUCUCUGAAAGAAGAACAAAAGAAGAUAUUGUCACUGAAGUUGUAAGCUGCAUUCAAAUACUGCCUGCUCUUAAAGCACACACUUUUUUUCUAAAAUAUGUCAGCUUUUUUGUUUAUUUUCCACCUUUUAUUUCACCAGGAUUACCCUACCAAUUUCAAAAGUCUCUUUUCCAAGUCAGCCCUAAAAACAACCAGAUUUAUAUAGUACACAGAAAAUGUAAUGAUGAAGGUCGGUUGAAGAGUCUUUGUGCUUUCCUGGCAUGUUAUUCAAAGAAGUACCUGAAACAAUCUGAUGGAAAACUGCAACUAGAAAAGCACUCGGAGAGCACAGACCUCCGCCAAGCAGCUCAUGUCUCCCCUUAUAUUGUGAUUCACACCAAACUUUUACUUUACGUGUCUUUUAUUAACGUUUAUUUGUGUUUAAACUGGUAUGUUCACUGUUCAUAAUGUUCCUAAAACAAGAAAUACCCUGACCCGGAUUCAAACCCAGAACCUUCUGGUUGUGAGGCAACAGUGCUAACCACUACACCACUGUGCCGCCCAUUUGUUAUCUUUCAGCAUUGAAAAUUCCAACGACACCCUUAUUUUUGUGUGUUAUGGAUCACAGUAUCCGGAAUUCUGUCCAGAUCAGCACCAAAAUUUAAUGGGAUCCUCCUGGGGCUGAGACGCACCUCUGGUGAAAAUUUCAGGUCAACCCGUCGGUUACUUUCUCCGUAAAGUUGCUAACAGACAAACAAACUCACAAACAAACAAACCAACACUACCGAAAACAUAACCUCCUUGGCGGAGGUAAAAAAGUGACUACCUAAUUAUUAUACAUCAGUGAAAAACCGGAGUGUUAAUUUUUAUACGUAUAUGGUACCCAGGGAUGUAGCUACAAAAUCCUCUUUACAAUUUGUACUUCCUUAAACAGACAAAGUCCUGCACUGUGCCAUUAGUCACAGCUCAAGUUUGAUUCUAUUAUAACAGUUUGGACAGGAUGAGGCCAAUGGACCAUUAGAAAAAGGCCCGGCAGCAGGUUUCCUCCCGUCCUCUGCUUUCACAUCCAUUCUCAUACACAACCUCCACUUUGGACUAACAAGCUGAAGGUUAUGCUGAUAGCACACUCUCCUACAGCUAUCUGUUGUUAUGCCAAGACAUACACUCACAGACGCACAUAACAAACCGUACAGACAUGCAGCGCACACACACUCUUCAUCAAACACGGGCAAUCUCUUGACUGAGCCAAGCCGCUACCCACUUCAGAACGCCCACACUGUGCAACAUGAAAUAAACAUUAAAUAAAACUGUUCCUUCACCGUCAUUGUACUUUGAAAAUGAAUUGAAGCAACUGCAGGCCAAUGUUAAUGCUUUGUUUUAGCCAGCGGCGGCCGCAUGAAAUGAGCUGCAUGAGGCACUGAGCUGACAGUAGCCACUGGCGUUGCAGGAACACACACACAUACAUAGAGGCAUGCGUGCACACACAGCUUACUGAGCAGACCGCAGAUGAAAUUCCAGCAGAAGACAGCGUCCCUGCUGGAGUAUCGGCUUUGGAGGAUGGAAACUGAUUGCAUUUGCUCUGUCUCCUUUCCUAGUCAUCGAUUCAAGGAUAAACAUGUCUGAAUGCUGCACUUUGUCAGCAGUUACAGCUGAUUACAAAAAUUGCUCAUUACAAAGACAUUACACUCCCCUUUUUUAAAUAAAAGUAAUCAGCCUAUUAACACGGCCCCACACAUGCUACCCAAGGCUAUAGCAUCCCUUGUUCGACAGACUCGGUGGAUGUGCAUCAACUCUGACUCAUAUAGUUGCCUCAGCCUGAGUGCUUCUUAACACAUCUAAAGGAAUAUUGAUCGAGGCUUUGACAGACGGAUUGAGCUUCAUAGUACGUAGUGAGACUGGCAUGUUGGAGAGCAGGAGCAAUAUUGCUUUCUCGCUGAAGGGGACAUGGCAUCAGCUCUGAAGACAAAAGUAUUUCUUACUUUAAAUUGGGUAGCGGAAACAUAUCUCUGCUCAGUGUGCUCAACGAAAAACGGUUCAGCGUGCAGUAUUUUGUUUGGCUCUAAAUAUAGCUACAGGUUUGCCUGCAGUGGGACCUGUUUUUAGGAGAGAACAAUAAGCUGGCAGAGUGCAAAUGCAGGAGGAAGGAGGAAGUAUUCAUCUUCAUAUAUUCCAUCUAUUGUAAACUCUCCCUCCUUUUCUCUCUCUCGCUCUUAGUCAUUGCCAUGGACAGCUAGAGUACAACCACUGAUAUUUUCUUCCUCCUCUCUCCUGGCUCUGUCCGCAGCGGUUCAUUAUGCAUGCCUCUCUGCUUGAACAUGAUUAAUAUUUUCCAUAGAAUGAGUUUGGCAUCAAAGCUCCUCAAACCAUAACACACACACACACAUGCACAAGCACCCAUACUGUACAUCGUGCAUGUUUAAGGAACUCCUGGCACGUCCUUAAUGCUGUCUUCAGCAGGCUGACAGAAGGAUGGUAAGCAUCAAGCCGUAAUGUAAAAAGACACACGAUUGUGUUAGACUCAGCAGAGAUUAACCUGACGACUGUCAGCUGCAGCGCAAGAUCUUGGUGUAAAGGAGAGGGAGUGUAUAAAUAAAUCUGAUGUCUGAGGGGCUAAUCUGAUGUGUGCAUGAGUGCGUGUUUGUGUGUGUGUGAUACAAACUGUUCGGGGUGGAUAAUAGCGUAGCAUAAUCUAAAAGUGAGAGUGGUGUAAUCCUGUUGCAAUAUAUAUACUACAGGAUAAGUUCUCAAAUAUGUAAGAUAAACAACAAAUCCUGGAUUCAAAAGUCAUGCUGCGAUUGCACAAUGAGGGAGCUCAAAUAUACAGGGAAGUAAGGGAGGAGAUAGGAGGAGUAGUGAUGCACGAUACUGCAGCUAUUUCCAAACUCUUUAGUCCCUCCUUAGCCUUCAGACACACCAGUAUGCAGACACACACACACCUGCCAAGCAUGGAUAAAGGAGGGAUUAAAGUGUGACAGAAAAGGAAACCGGAGAAAGAGGCAUGAAUCAUUGUUUCCCUGGGAGUAUUGGCGCACCUAUAGUAACAGACACAGAAAUAUACACAUGCACUCUGGCGCAGCAGGCCUAAUUGUUUUCCACUUCUUCCGUGAUUAAUGCAUUCGAGGCUCACUAAUUUGUUCAAAAUCAAAUCACUUUUAAUAAAUUGUACUCGUAUAUCAGGUCAUGAAUAUCUACUGCAGCCAAACAGCACUCAUGUGGUAAAAUACUUAAGCAAUUUUGAGACAAAGUCUUUGGCCUUCAUGGUUUCUUAAAUACCUAUUUUGACAAAGAUAAGCGGUCAGACCUUUGUGUUUGGUGGCGUAAAAAUUCCUACAUCAACAGAUCGAGGCCUUUUGAGCCUUAAAGCAGAUGUCACUGAAGUACAAGUCCUCCAAAACCAAACUGUGGUGGCUGAUGAAGGAUUGAACAUGUGAGAAAUGUCAGCAGAAGGAGCAUCAUUAUCAUUGAAUCACUCUUGUCACUCACCCCUACUGUGUCUGUAAUCUGCCUUUCACCAUGUCUGCUUGUGUUUGGUCUCAAGCUGUGUAUUGGAGGAAAGACAUUUUCUUCCAGGCUGAAUGGAGUUAAUUGGACAUGAGCUUUUGAGGAGAACAUCUGCAAAUGCUCCUGAGUGAUGUGUGAUUUGACAGACAGCUGCCUGUGGGGAGCCUCCUAUCACUAAUCUACCCCUCUCUUUCUUUUCCUUUCUACCCCCUGUCCUCCACAUCCUUUUUUUCUCCCAUCUCCCUCUUUUCCUCUAUCCUGAACUUCAUUUUCAUCUCCUGCAGAGACUGAAGGAACUCCAGCACAGAGAGUUUGCUCGAAACGUGGCCUCAAAGUCGUGGAAGGAUCAACGCAAACAGGAGAAGGCUCUCAGACGUCUGCAUCAGCUCGCACAGCUGCAACAGGAGACUCAGCGGUGAGUGAGUGUGUGUACUUAGUGUGUGCUGCUGUGUGUGCGUGUGAACCAGAAUGGUUGGAGAGUGUCACAGUGAGUCAGUGUUUCUUAGAGGUGAUGGAUGCAUCCUCAGAUGUGUAAGCACUCACUUGUCCUAUAUGGGCCACAGGUGAAGUUAAUAGGACUGCUGACUCGUUGUUAGUAAUAAGAGGUGAAUUGUUAGAGAAAUAGAUGAAGUUCAAGAAAAGGACUGACAGAAAAAAAGUUAUCUUUUAAAGAAUUAAAUAAAGGGACGGAAACUAGUUAAAUAUUAAAGUUGCCUCCAGGUUUGCACACCUAAAGCAAUCAAAACAAGGGAUAAAUAACAAUACAUCACGUAAUCAUCAACUUGAUUGCACCUUUUCACUCUGCAAUUAAAUGUGUUUUUCUAUAAUCAGGCGGCGAUAUGUGAUCAGCAUCGCUAUGACUACCGACAUCAUGUCUGCUUUUUUAAAUUCCUUUCUUUAUUUAUGGCGUCCUUUUUUCUCAUUUUUUCCCCUUCAUCUGACUUUUUUUGCUUCUUGUUUUUCACAUCAGCAAAUUUAUUGUUAUACUAAUAAAAUGUCCGUAAGUCUGAAGAAUCUCUAAAGUCAUAAGCAGAGUUGUAUCCACAGGGGUGUCCAGGGAUGGCAUAUCUCCUUAUUUGACAUCUGAUUGACCACUUCAGAUGCCAACCCAAAAUCUCACUUAAUGAUUAGCUAUUGGCUUGUCAGAAGGACCCGUGUUAAAAUCACCUACAGGCUGUGUUGAAACAGACUGAUUCUCAAUCAUGUGUUGCUAUGCACAAACUUCAUGCCCGCCAUCCCUCCACAAGUCAAAGCCCCAGUCAGGUCCCCUCAGUUGAAAAAGUAUGAAAACACCCCUGGUAAUGAGAAAGACCACAUAUUCAUAUACUGUAGGUACUUCUGAUUAUAAAGGAUGAAUAUGCAUAUGAUUCAUUUUAUGUCAUUUGAGUUCAGUUUGACUUCAUAAAGGUGUGUAAUUAUUUAAAUUAAGGGUCACCAGAGUUUUCAAGCCCUCAAAACAAUAUUGCUAGAGACUGUGACCCCAGUGUGCCCUGAGAUGGUUAAGUGUUACUCACAGCCAUAGAUAGGCACUAAAACUCCAAUCCAACUUAGACAUCAGAACAACACAAAAGAACGGCGCUGCCAAUACUUAAAUAAAUAAACAAUCAUUUAAACUAAUUAAAGAAGCACAAUUCUAAUGUAGAGACUGUAACAGUGGUCUGACCAUUUAAUAUGCAGAUGCACAGGUGAGUCUGUGAGUUGAAACCUAAAACUUAUUAUUUUAAGCCAACACGGAAAGUAGAAAAGUACAUUAUUAUAAUUAUAGAUAAAAUGAAUAAUAAUAAGAUUAAUGAUAAUAAUGAUGAUACAUUAUUCUUGGGAAGGCUCCUCUGGACACCCAAUUCAGAGGUCCUGACCCUCAAUGUAGGUACCAUCAAUGUCAAUGCACUACAAACAUUACUUCGACCAGCGUGCCUACUGUUUAUCGGUCUGCAACCUUUGGAUAACAUUAAAGAUCUGUUACUUGAAUUUAAAUGUAUGCCAUCAUGGUUAAGUACAUAAUAAAUAUUGUUUUAUUUUUGUGCUUUUUUUAAUUGAUUUAUUUAAUUUGACCUGCUGCCAUAAUUGAAGUUACAGAGGAUUUCCCAGUCUAUGCCACUCAGGGUUACUUUCACAGUGGCUCUAACUGUCUUCUUGUAGGAAUUUCUUCAAGCACCAACUAAAAUAAAGAAUAUUUCUCUGACUUUAUGUUGCAGAGUCUCAGGAAGGACUUAUGGACUAAGAAGUGCUGUCAGGUCCAUAAGCCAGCAACAGGAUAAAGACCCUGACCAGCAAGACCACAGCCGAGAUGACAAACCUGCACCCAACAAUCCCAUCCCAAGACCCAAGUCUCCACCCCUCAGCCACCAGCCAGAAGAUCCAUAUGAAUCUCCUACCCGAACACUGCUGCCCACUGCCCCAACAGAGACCCCAAUAGGUGCACAUCCAGCAAACACCCAAUCUCGCCCGAGCUUGUGUUCCCAGCCACCUCCCUCAGGGAAGGAAAAAACUGGGGGCAGGCUUGGAGUGUCCUUCUGUUUCUCCCGCAGAGGACCCAGACUUGAGCCUUCUGCUUCUGUCUUCUCAGAUCUAGAGGAGGAGGAGAGGGAGAAAAGGGAACAAAUGAAAGAAAGGAUAAAGGUAAUAAUGGAGGAUAUUGACAGGGAAAUUGGGGCAGCAGAGGAGGGGAAACACAGUGAGAGUGAGAAGUGCAGCUGUGACGGUGUUGGACCAAGUGACACAGGGUUGAUCUCCUGUGAUUCUCCCAAAGAAAAAGUGAGGAGUGAGAAAAGAGACAAAGGGAAAGAAAACUCUCCUUCUCCCACAGAGAGCCCUGAUCAUCAGAGCCAGGAAUCGCUGUUUUUGCCAUCACAAACACAUGUGAACAUAUGGGAUAGAAAAAACGAAAGCAAGACAGAAACAAAGCGUGAAACAGAGGACUUGAUGGAGGAAAGUCAGUAUAUGUCAGUGCUUGGGAGAGAUGGCUCUACCCAUCUGAGAUGGCCUGUCAGUUUGCUUAAGUUCACCAUUUCUCAACCAAACAUCUGCUACAGCUGCAACCCACUCUGCUCCAAUCCCCAACGACAAGAACAACUGGCAGAGGAGCCGCAGGAGUCACAACAAAAUCGGUUGUGUGCUCUCUCAGAUGAAUCAAAUCCACGUGUGCCAGCUAUUUCUACACCAGACACUCAUACCUGUUUACAAAGACAGACAAGAGAAGAAGAGCUGAGAGCAAAGGGAGAGGAAAAAGCUGUGGCGAAUUUCAAGAGAGAGCAACAUGUCGAUGUGGAGACAGAAGCACACCUGUUCCUUAAGAACACAAACCUUUCAUCACCAGAAACAACACCAGAAAGAGGCAGAUGCAUGCUAAGUAUAGAGAACUGUGCAAGGGCAGCCUCCCAUCCAUUUGACCCCGCUCAUAGUGACAGCUCUGACACAAACUCCCAGAAUCCUCAGGGAGGAAGAUUAGAGGGUGUGAGAGGGAUCAGGGAGAAAGCCAUCAUGGCUCUGAGCUGUAAAUCAGAGUCUGUCAUCCAACCUGGCACACAGGGGACAUGCAUCAGCCCAUCCAGGUGUGAGUGUGGGAGUGAGACAAUGUGCAAGUGUGCCAGUGCUGCACAGUCGUACGUGGGUGUCUCAGAACUGUCGCACAAAAAGAGAAAGAAAGCCAGCACUGAAAAACACAAGCUGGGCAAAAGGAAAAAGGGGGAGAAAGAAAAAGAGUCAAAAAAGCAGCCAUCAGCUAGGUGCAAAGUGAGGAGCGUUGUAUCCACGGUCUCUUCUGGCAGGGUGAGGAGAGGAGAUGCUGGAGGGAGCUGGGGGAAGGGAAGGAGGCAAAGAGGGAUGAGGAAAAGGAGGGUGCAGAGAGCAGGGAGCAGCUGUCUCCUGGGGAGACCUGAGACUGAGCCAGUAUCUGUCUCUGUCAGGAAGAGGGGGCCUCACAGGAGCCACAGCACUGAGUCCCAGUCACAGGCAGACAGGGAGCAGGCAGAGAACCACAGUGCCUCCUCCCUGCUCAGCAGACACACAGCAGACAGUAACACCAAGGGGGAGGGGAGGCAAGACGGCGAUGCGGGGACUUUUCCCUGGCGGUCAAACUUCUCUGUACAUGCCUUCUCACCAGGAUGUAACUCAAAGAUGUUUUGGGAAAGGGGUCACCAUAGCAACCCCAGGAGUUUCAUUGACUGCUGUUACCCUGACAACAGCUGUAGUUGCAGCCUGGCAAGAAAGAGAAAAAUCCUCCACAGGGAAAGGAAACCCAUUCAUCGUAAGAGGAAGAGUUUGAGGCACAGAGAAGUGUGGGAGCAGACAGAGAGGAGCAGGAGAACAGCAGGGCGAUCAGGGUGCAAAGACAGGGUAAGGAUUUCUGAUGCUGAUCCAUGGGACUGGAUGAGCUUCCCAGGAGUUAGCGAAGAGGGUACGUCGAGGCCUUGGUGGAGAUCAAGAAGCAGAGCAGAGGAGUGGGAUCAAGUGGCAAGGUUUAGUCCCAGUCCAAGCAGGUGGGGUAGGAGAAGCAGACACCUCAGCACAGAAGAUGUAGACUGGGACAGAUGGACAUGGGGCAGCAGUGACAGCUGGGAAGACUGGGGGACACACAGAUCUACAUCAGGGUACAGGACAGGGGCGGACAGCAGAGACAGUCCAGGCUUUAUGUGGAAGAGCUCAGGCACCACACGCUCAAGCUCGAGACAAUUCUCCAGCCCUGAGUGGUGGACGAGUAGACAGACAUACAGCCCACAGAGUGUGACCCCCUCACAGGCUGGCAGAUGUCAAAGCCCACGAUCUUGCAGCCCCUGCAGCAGCACCAGCAUGUCAGAGCUGAGCUUGGAGUGGAGCCGGAGCAGCACCUGCUCAGGAGGGAGAAGUGAUGCAUUGACUUUUAGCUCAAACAGGACUUUCUACACAGCUCAAGAACACGCAUCAGGUGAGGCAAAGAAGCAGGGAAGUCCUACAUCCUCUUCUUCCAGCCUCACUUCUUGCUCCUUCUCUCAUCCUUCACCCCAGAAAGCCUCUUUUACUCCCACAAUCCAAGGUCUCAUCACAAGUCCCUCUCAGCAAAAAGAGUCCAAUUUACUGUCCAACCUUACUACUCUUACAGGAAAAUCUCCAAGUAAGACUCCUCUACAGAAACCAGGAAGGAUGUUGCUCCUUCCUCUCAUCGGGAAACUGCCUUCAAUCCAGAGAAAAACCAGAAGAUGGAAAAGAUUGCUUGAGAAGAGUCAGGAGAAGGAGGGAGAGGAGGACAAGGAAGUAAAAGGUAGUGGACUGGAUCAGGGAGUAGAUGUCAUCAGGCGAAACUGUCUGGAGAUAGCUGAGUCAAAUUUGGGCAGCUCACCAGAUCUCACCUCGUUGCUAGGUAGGACAGAUGACAAACAAGCGUGUGGAGAGACGGUUCCGCCAAUCAGCUUUACCGCUGAGGAGAUGGGGAAAUAUCGCCUCUUGCAGGAGCAGGCAAGAGAGCACAUGCAGAAAGUCCUGGAACAGACGCAAGAGAGGGAAGGGUCUCACGCAGAAAUGAAGUAUCCACAAACCCCACAGACAGAGAACUCUGGGACUUCUGAGGACCAAUACACACCUGCACCCUUGCACACCCAGUCACUUCACACAGACACAAUGCAAACUCAAGCACAGCACACACACCAGGUCAAUCUCACACUCCCACAUGUGACCCCACCGGAGAACUUCGCUCAGCCCAUCACUCUAGGCGUCCCUAACCUUCCACCUCUCCCACCGUCCCCCUCCCUCUCAAGCCUCCAUCAUAUCAUUUUACAACACACAGCCCUCUCCUUGCCCCCCUCCUCCUCCUCCUCUUCAACCUCAUCCCCUUCCCCCGCCAUCCACCCUCACCCAGUCCAGCUUACUCACCCUUUACCCCCAUUACACCCACCAACCCUCCCUCAUCACCUUCACCUCCCUCCCUUCUCCAUAUCCUCCCUAUUCCCCUCAAUCUUGCUCUCCCAUCAUCCCAUCCCCAUCCUCCCACAGUCACCCACUUUUCACCCAACCCCACUCACCCCACUGUCUCCGGUCACCCUGCAACCCUUGAACCCACAGCCUUUCAUGGACAGAGUAUGGCCAGGGAGGUUUCAACAGAAGGCGUUGUGAUUUUUCACAGAGUAGCUGCCAUGUUUAUUAAUCUUGCUUGGCAACGCAGACCAGUAAGCAAGAGGGUGGGAGAUGGGGAAUUUUUGAUUUGGAUAAAAGCCGGCUAUUUGAAAUGAGGAUGUGUCUGUGCUUUUACGAGCAUCAACUCCAACUUUAUUCACAUAUGCCCUUACACACACACACUCACACACACAUGCACGCAUGCAUACACAUACAGACAGCCUGGCUAUUGACUGUUUUCAAAUGAAAAUUUGUUUCUCCAUCUAGCCUUUGCUGUGUUCCAGCAGAUAGUGAGAAAACAUACUUUGAUCCUGUCCUUUUUUUCCCUUCAUUCCUCAUUCAGGCCCGCAAUAAAGGGAAAGGUGCACCUGCUAUUCAAAGACAAGCUGGGCUCGUGUCAUCCUCCCUCUUUGCCUCUGAACCACAGACAGAGCAGCUGCCUUUUGAAGUAGCCUUCAUGUCAGAGACAUAGGUUCAAGAAAAGAGUGAUAAUACUCCCUCCUUAUCUCCAAUUCACACAGGUUAUCUGACUGAGAGUGUAUCUUUUAACGUACGUGGAUGAUGUUUUAAGGGACACAGAACUGGAAUUCUGAACACAGUGUUUGUAUGUAAGGUGGAGGAAAAUCGGGACCGAAACACACUUACACACACUGACAGUGGGAGGGACAACAACUAAUUUCCAUAUCUGACACAUUUAAAGACAUGUGUUGUCUCAGUAGUGUAAAUAUUCUGACAGUAAAUGAUAAUAUUAGAAUCAUGGGAAAGAAUAAAAUAAAACAUGAAUAUAACCUUGA